AAUAAAUUUCAGUAGGAGUAUGUUAGAUAGAGAACCGUCGAGAACAGUUUCACAAAAUUAAACUUUGCUGUAAGUUACAUAAAGAUCCAUUUGCGGACGAAAGGCUUUGCGGGUCGGCUGCCAGAGUACCAGGGCGGCAGCAAUGCUCGAGAGAUCGCAACAGCCACCGGAGGCUUCGCCGAAGCUCGUCUAGCCCACGUCUACAAGCGCACGUGGCUGCGCCGGCGUACUGCGCUGCAUCGCCGGCCCGCGGCCCACAGUAUCGAGCGAGCCUCCGCGCAGGACGGUCAUGUUGCCAUGUCUGACGGCCGCGACUCACCGUCGCAAGCCGGUCUCCGCGACCGCGUAUCCUUCUUCGAGAAAGUAUGGACAGGACAAGCCGGCCACGACACCGUCGACGCCGCCAUCGACGUCGACGACAUCGAGCGCCGCAUAGAACAGCGCAAGAGGCGCCCCGAAUCCCCCAGGAUCGAAGUUAAACUUAAGCAAACCCGUGACACUGAAUCUCCGAGCAAAAGUUAUGAGAGUACAUUCCCUAAUUUGAAGUUACGUCAUGUGGAGCCGACGGAGGAGGUGGAGCGCUUCGAGAGGCAGGUCGAAGAGGGCGAUCUUGCCUCUGGCAUGCGUUUCGUCAAAUUCGAGCGGGUAGUUGUGAAGAAAACUGUGUCGGAGAGCCGGCAGGAGCGCGCCGAGUCGCCGCAGCAUGAGUGGUACUCGGAGUACAAGCACCAGGCGCUGCACACCGCUCCUCGCAAGGACUACAUGAGGAGCAAAUCGGAAUAUGACUCACACAUCGCAGAAAUUCGCGAUGAACAGGAAAGAGUACAAAAGAAAACAUUCGUCAAUUGGAUCAAUUCACAUUUAUCAAAGCGUGUGCCGCCAUUGCGUAUCGACGACCUGAUCUACGACCUGCGCGAUGGCACCAAGCUGCUCGCACUCUUGGAGGUGCUAUCUGGAGAGAAACUGCCAAUGGAAAGAGGUCGCGUCCUACGCCGGCCACACUUCCUAUCCAACGCCAACACGGCUCUCCGCUUCUUGGCCGGCAAGAGGAUCAAGCUGGUCAACAUCAACGCCGCCGACCUGGUGGACGGACGACCCGCCGUCGUGCUCGGCCUCAUCUGGACCAUCAUCUUGUACUUCCAGAUCGAAGAGAACAGCCGGGCACUGGAAUACCUGGUCGGAUCGCGCUGCGCAUCGGUCAUGUCCCAGGAGUCGGGGACGGCCACCCCGACUCACAGGGCCGAGGACCGGUGGAAGCAGGGCGCCAGGAAGACCCUGUUACAGUGGGUGGCGAACGCUUUGCCCAAGGACUCGAACAUCCAAGUGACAGACUUCGGUCCAUCCUGGCGGGAUGGUAUCGCGUUCCUGGCAAUCAUUGACGCCAUCAAAGCGAACCUGAUCAACCUGGCGGAGAUGAAGCGGAAGACCAACAGACAGCGCCUGGAGCACGCCUUUGACGUGGCGGAGAGCGAGCUGGGCAUCGCCAGGCUCCUCGACGCUGAAGACGUGGACGUGGAGAAGCCAGACGAAAGGUCCAUCAUGACAUACGUAGCACAGUUCCUGCACAAAUAUCCUGAACCCAAGACAACAGGACCAGAUGCCGUAGCGGCAGUACAAGAGGAGUACGAAUCUCUUAGAAUGUGGUUGACGGAGCGCGUCACCACAAUUCAAAGGCAAUACGACUCGCGAACGCUUUCGCGAAACUACGACGACUACGUGCGUGCCGAAAAUGAGCGGCUCGCCCGCGAACCGACAUACCAGAAACUCGAAAAACUCAUGUACACACAGAGCCUAGUAGCAAUAGCACCCAAGUCCUGGCGGGAACUCGUCUCGCUCUGGAUAGAACUAGAGAGGCUGCACAGAAGAUGGCUUUGGCUCCUGGACGCAGAUUUGCCUGGAGACUUCAAAGUCAUCGGCGAGUGGCUUGCACGUUCCGAAUACCUUUUAUACUUCGACGAAAUCCCUUCCAACUUGGACGAGAGAACCGCCGCAAUCAUAAGCGAAAAAUUAGAAGAACACAGCUCAUUCUUCGCCAACCUCCCAGAGGUGAUCGAGAGAUUUGAAAGAGCUUUGAGAUCUCCAGAAGCGUCGAGAAUCCCGCCAGAGAGAUUACAAGAUAUGAAAGAUAGGCUUGAGACUGUCAGUCGAAGAGCACCACAACGCAAAGCCAGAUUAAAGUAUUUAGAGCACAAAUGUUGUAUCGUAGCGUUUACAGAACUUACGAGGGCCAAGCUCGCCGCUUGGACCGGUAAAUACGGUCGAGUUGACCAUGUCCGUGCCUUAUUAGAUGACUAUGACAAUUUCGUAACUAAGAAUAAAAUUUUCCAAGAGUUUGAUAGAGCAUACGUGGAUAUAAAGCAAGUAGCAGAUGAGUAUAAGAGAGUGUGUGAAGUAGAUAGGACUGAAGCGAGAGAGAUUGAUGCAUUUUUGAAGGAAGUGUCUGAGACGUGGAGACGGGUAGCCUCAGACGUGAGGUGUGCCCGCAGUGUGCUUGAAGAAGUCAUCGCUCACUGGGAGAGAUGGAACACGUUGGCUGAUGACUUCACCACUUGGUUGGACAAAGCCCAGCAUAUGCUGAGGGUUUCAGAAGAUGAGAGAUUGGAGUUCUUCCACGACCUGACUGUAUGGAAGGAGAAGCACCAGCUGUUGGGUGAUGCAGCAGGAUUCUUAGCUGCCACAUCCUCUGAAGAAAUCAGCUCAGAGAUUAAGAGGAAAUACGUUGAAAUUACUGAACGUUGGGAACGCGUCUGGGAAGAAGCUGAACGCUACGUCCGCGGAGGCGACGCUCUCCGCCACCGGCGCGAGCUAGCUUCAGGCGUGCAAGAGCUGGACAGCUGGCUGGCGGCCGCCGACAACCUGCUCUCGCGGCAGCCGCGCGCCAACACCGCCGACAUCCAGGCCUACAUCGACCAGCUGCUGCAGCUCAACUCCGAAAUAGAACAUCAUGAAGAACUGUUCAAGUCUAUCAGCAGGACUUUCCAAAACGCGAUUGCUGAGUUACCCCGCGAGGAGGUAGAAGGCAACAUGGCGAAAUUGAAGCAGCAAAAAGAAGCACUGGUUCGCGUCAGAGCAACCGUUCCUGUGAAGCUGCACCAGUACAGGCAACUUCUGGUCCAGCAUGAGUCAUUAGAAAGCGGACAGAAGGAGAUCGGGCAAUGGCUAGACAAAGCAGAAGAUGCGCUGAGGAUGGGUGGAGAAACUCGAAGGGAAAUAGUAGAAGAGCGCUACGAGAUCCACCGCUCGUUCUUUUCGCGCACCACGUACUACCGCUCCAUGCUGGAGAGCAAGAACAAGGUGUUCCAGAACAUCGUGCGCGCCGCCGACACCGACCGCAGCGCCGACGUCACCGACCAGGUCCGCCACAUGCGCGACCUCAACGAGAGAUUCGCCCACGUAUCAUCCGAGGCCACGCGCCGCGAGUCGGAACUGCAGCGCCUCGUCCGCGCCUGGGAAGACUUCGAGACCAAGAAGCGGUCGGUCGAGGAGUGGGCCUCCCGGGCCGAGGCCCUGCUGGCCGACAACCGCGUGGACUCCAAGCAAGCCGUGGACUUCCACAAGAGGUUCUUCCAGGGAGCCGACGAGAGGGCUGUUUCCGAGCUGGUGCGGUCUGGACGAGAGUUGCUGGAGCUGGUGAACGAAGAAGACCGUCCCCGCGUGGUGCAGACCGUAGAAGAACUACAGCGACGCUGGCGCGAGUUGCUGGCGCGCGCGCCACCACACCUUAUGCGCCUGGAGUUCCGUUUAGACGAGGCCGUCUUCCACCACUGCAUCAAGGACAUCGAGAAGGAGAUCGUUUAUGAGGAACAGGCCUACAACCAAAGCGACGACGCUGACGGUAUACUCAUCAGGAACGAGGAAUACUUCCGCAACCAAGGCAAGGUUAUGCAGGUGGAACACUGUCUCCAGAACCUGAAGAAGAUAGCGACGAGCUACACGCACCAGACAGGUGACGUCGCACUGGAAGAAGAGCUCAGAAGGUGCGAGCAACAAUGGGAAAGCACCGUACAAAGAGUGGAACACUUCAGGCAGCAACUCCAGAGGAUCCCAGCCAAAUGGGACGCCUACAGGGAGAAAUUCCGGGAAAUGGAGAGGUGGAUGGACCACGUUGACAAGACCAUGGACAGCAUUGUACGAGAGGUGGAUUCCGCAGAGGCGUUCGAACGAGAGAAGACAAUAUUCCAGAACAUCUGCCGUGAAGCGGAUAAGAAACGCGAAGACAUGAAGUGGUUGGUCCAGACAUUGGACAUGUUAUCAAACCACUGCUCAGAGUUAGAAGCUCAAGAGGAACAAAUGAAGCUCGAAAAUCUAAUAGCCAGAUAUAAAAACCUAAUUCCUACAAUAGAGAUCACGAUGAUAAAGACUGAGACUUACACGAGAUGCUACACGUAUCGCAGAGAAGUCCAUGAGGUCAUAUGCAUACUAGAAAGUGCUAAACAACAGGCCAUGAUCGAACCAGAACCACAGUCUUUGCAGCAUGUGGAACAGCUAGUUCUCGAACAGCAAGCAGCAGUGCAAAAGCUUGACCGACAACGGCCUUCUGUUAUGUCUAUGCUGCAACGAGGCAAGGAACUCAUUAAGGAUGCCAACGCGCCUGCGUUCGUCAGAGAGGAUGUAAGAAACCUUGAAAGCGGUUGGAAUACCGCUUAUGAAUCCUCCACUGACAGGCUACACAAAUUACGUGACACCCAAAAAGUAUGGUCUAACUAUGAAUAUCAAAAGGAGGAAUUACUCUCAGAUCUUGACAAGAUCGAGAGCUAUGUUGCACAUCCAGGAUUGGAACUUGGUGUUAGUAACAUUGGACGUGAACUUCAAGAAACUAGAACUAUUAAUACUGACAUCGAAAAGGCAAAAUGUGAAAGACUGCCUCAGUUGCAACAAGCUUAUGCUGAGCUACGAUCUUUGACAGCAAACAAACCCAAGCCAGUGAUCGAAAAAGAUCUUCAAACUAUUGAACGUAAAUUGGACAGAGUAGAAGAUGAAGUACAUACUAAGGUAGAACACCUUGAAAAGUUCAAUGAAGAAUGGGUAAAGGUUGAACGUAAGCUCGAACAUGUAAGAGAAUGGAUAAAGAAAGAAAGUCCAGCUCUGAUCUCACAAAUACAAUCUGAAAAUAUCACUCCCGAAGAACGUGUGGUGAAAUCGCAAGCUCUACAAAAAGUAAUUUCUGAAAAGUUGGAGACUAUUAGACAUGUUGCCGAUCAAGGAACAAAACUAGCAGUUGAACAUAGAGUCCAAGAUGCCAACCGACUUAAAGGUGAAGUGGCAUUGUUAGAAAAAAUGAUGGCUGACCUUCAAAGAUCGACUGAACAUCAGACUAAAGUAGUAGAGCAUGACCUGGCUAGCUGGCAGAAGUAUCAAAAAGGGGUAUCGGAGAUCAAGCCAUGGAUAGAAGAAGCUGAGAUUAAACUUGGUAAUGUACCAAAGCCCACGACCUUGCCUGAAGCACAACAACUACAGCAGCAGUCGCGGGCAUUAAUCACAGAUUGUGACAAACAACUAAUGAACCUACAAAUCCUUUCUAGUGUCAGUCAUCAACUGUCGGGCAAGACCAGUGCUCCUGAUGAAGUAGAUGCUAUUCAUUCGAGAUGGGCUGUGGUCCACGAUCUCGCAGAUCAAUGGCAUAACAAAUUGGACAAAUUAGUUGGUAAUUGGGAAAAUUUCGAACGCGAGGCUGAAAAACUAGAAACUUGGAUAGAAAAUGGCGAAAAACUACUAAGCAGUCGCAGUGUUUCUGUUGAUACACCCCAAGUAGAGAAACUUGACAGAGAACUUAAUAAACUCAAGUCGUUCGGCAAUGAGAUUUCGCAGCAACAAGCAAGGAUUAUUAGUUUAUCACAGACUUGUGAUAAUAUUUGCCACAACAUACAGCCUGAAGGCGCAACUUUAUUGAAAAACAAAGUAUCUGAUAUCAAACAAAGAACAAACUCACUAGCUGAGACUGUCAGAUCUAAAGUGAACGAGCUUUCGGACAAGAUUAUCGUCCGACAAGAAUUCAUGACCAAAUUACAUAAUUUCGACAACUGGAUUACCGAUUUCAGAAGAAAAACUGAAAGUUAUGAUCAGAUUGGUGCUGACAAAGUUGAACCGACACUGCAGUCGAUGCAUGUACUUUCUCAGGAGCAUGCGGCCAAAGAACCAGAAUUCACUGAUAUUUAUAACGAAAUCAAGAAUAUGACACUUUCAUCCCAUCCCGAUGAAUCCCGGUCUUUGAGUGAGACCUACUCAAAUAUAGCUCAGCAUUACCAAGUAAUAGAGAACAAUAUUCAACAAAACAAGGCUGUUUUACAAAAAUGGUCUGAGUUGUUGAACUGGUACGACGACACAAAGCAACAACUUGGUCAUAUUCAAUACCAAAUUGAUGGACCUAAACUAACACCUGAAAGUUACGAAGUUUUGCGACAGGAACUUGUAAAUAUUAUCACAAAGGUACCAGAAUGGAAGAGUCACGUUGCGUUGUUAGAUGGACCUUCAAGAGUCAAAGUUACAGAUCAAAAUACGGGUCGUAUUAUGUCACCGACUAGCUUAGUCAAGGAAGUGGAAAUGAAAGCUGAUGCGUUGCUGAACCAAGUAACUACUAAGAGAGAUCUCGUACAAAAGGUUGGUGCAAGAUGGGACAAGUUUAAUGUUCAACACAACGCAUUAAGCCAAGUAUUGCAUGGAAUCCAAUCUGUUCUCAAUGAUAUGGCUCAAAAACCAGUUCCAUUAACUGAAGCUACUAUUCAAGAUAUGACGGAACAACUUGACAAACUUGACGUUGAAAUGAGAGACAAACAAUCAAUACGUAAAGAGUUGAGAGAAGAAGGGUUACAUUUGAUGAGAGAAGAUCAACCCAAUAUGGGCACAAUUCAAAAUGCGCUGUCUGCAGCUGACAAUAAUUGGGACCAAAUUGUAAAUUCGAUGAGAGACACCAAAAACAAAUAUAUUUUACUGUCAUCGACACUUCAAGAACUGAAAAACUUUACAGUUGCAUUCGAUAGGGAAAUGAAUAGAGCUGAACAACUGUACAAUGAUUCUAAAGAUGCCCCGAAUGAUUACAUGCAAACUGCUCAAGCCUUAGAAAAGGCCAAGAAAUCGUAUGAAAUAUUGAAAAGAUCAAAGGGGCUCUUAGAUCAGAUGGAUGUUAUUAAGCAAUCUAUAUUAAAACAAGCUUCGACUCUGGGAGGUUUCGACACUAGCCCACUUGAAGAAGCAUUUUUGACUUCGCAAACUCAUUGGGAGAAAGUUAAUGAUGCUGCUAUCAAGAGAAUACAAGAUUUAGAAUCUCAGCUUAUUGUUUGGAGACAAAUUGAUGACACAAAGAAUCAAGUUUUAACUUGGCUCAGUGAAACUGGACAAAACUUAUCUAAUGCUUGUGACAACUUAGAAAUUCGAUUUGGUCAAAAUCAUCUUACUAAAUACAAAGAAGAAUUGCCAUUGUACUUGUCAUUGAAAAACAGUAUUAAGGCUAAAUGCGAACAAAUUACGAACUUAAACAAAAACAUACCAGUAGAACAAGUAUCUUCUAUAGUCAACUACUUGGAAUCUGAAUUUGAAGCUUUGCAGAGUCUGGCUGAGAAUUUGGAAAGUGCGGUGUCGUCUUUAGAAACUAAAGAGAACAAAUUGAAGGAUAACAUUAAGCGACUAUCGGACAGUGUCAGCAAAAUCAGAGAUGAUAUAAUUAAAUGUGAUGACAUGACUGGUGAUAAUGCUAAGAUCUUAGACCGUCUUAAGAAGUGUCAAGCCUGUAAGGCAGAGUUACAGAACUUAAACGAUGAAAUUGAUAACUUGACACAAAAUGUCUCUGAAAUGAAUGCCAACUAUCCAGGGUUCUAUGAAUCACUAGUACCAAAAGAAUUGAGUUCUUUGCAAAAACGUUUUGAAAGUGUAGUGAUACACGCUAAUAAGACAGAAACUACCCUUCUGACAUUCUUACAAAAACUAUUCACUGAUAAAUUGGCAAUGUUUAACAGGAAUCUAAAGAUCCUUGAUGAUAAGACAAGGUGGUGUAUGCCUGAUGCAAGCAGUGACAAAUACAACUUGGAAGUGAAAGCAGCCGCCUUGGCUGAUGUUGAAAAUGGUAUUGCUGAGUGUCAGAGCAAGGUGAAGGAAUUAAAGGAAGCCAGCGAAAUUCUCAAAGUAGUCGCGGAGCCUGCAUGUGCUCAAGAAGCCGCUGUACAAACGAACAAAGCACAGAAAAACUUAGAAGUUUUGUCAGCUAAUUGCGACGAAAUUAAAAACAGACUUAAAGAGAACAUUGACGCAUGGCAAGAUUACGAAACUUUAUUGGAAAAUGUGUCUGAGUGGCUCAAGGACAAAGAAAAUACUGUUAGACUGGAAUCUGCCAAUCUCUUGAAUAUGAAUGACAUUGACAGUAAAAUAGUUGACAUGCAGAAUCUUAAUCAAGAAAUUCAAAACUACAACGGUGAAAUUCAGAAACUGACUGGCAUUGGAGAGACAAUUAUGUCUCGGAAUCCAGAUUCAAGAGUUCUGCAAUACAUAAAUCACUUAGUGACUAGAUAUCAAACUGUAGGCAAAUUCAUGGAAAAUCACUUACACCGAUUACAAGAAUUGAAAAACAAUAAGACUAAGUAUGACAAGUCUAUUGCAGACUUUAAAAAUUGGCUUCAGGAUGCAAAUGGCAAGAUCAAAGACUUAGCGGUAAUGAGCAAGCAUGCUAAGCCGACCGCAGCUGAUUUAGCUCAGGUUAAGCAACUCAAUGACAACAAAGAAGUUGGACAGAAAUUGCUAAAUACUGCCAUUGAAUCAGGCGAAGCUCUUUUCAGUGGAAUAACUCCAGAAGGCCGAGAACAAAUCAGAAAUGAAUUAAGAGCAUUAAGAGACUAUUUUGAGGAUUCUGUCGAUUCAUUAAACAAUGUCAUCAAGGAUAUUGAAACAACAAUCAAUAAGAGAUCAUCCUUUGAUGAUACUUUCAAUCAAGUACAAAAAUGGAUCAGCGAUAAAGAAAAAGAGUUAGGAGAGUUCAAAUUGUGCCCGACGCUACCAGAAAAGAAAGCUCAAUUGCAUGCAAACAAGAUAAUGCAUCAAGAAGUUGAUUUACAUCAGUCAAUGCUUUCACAAUUAACUGAAAAGAUCAAAUUAAUGCCAGAUGACGAAGCAGAAAAAAGCUUGUCAAAGACCAUUGAUAGGUACAAGGGCAUGUCUAAAGAACUUGAAAAGAGAAUAGCAACAUGUGAGUCGCAUGUGGCAGAUCAUGAAAAAUAUGUUCAGUCCUUUGAAGAUUGUCGUGAUCGCCUCAAUCACAUCAUUGCUGAAAAUAGUGUGUUAAACUAUGGAGUUGUUACACUGAAAGAAGACGUCGACUCUAAAAUUGCAGCUAUAGGCAAAGUAACUGACAAGGCUACUGAAAUUGAAGCCAUUCUUGAUGGCUUAAAAUCGCAAUUAAAUGUUGUCUUACAAACCACAAGCUCGAACGGCCACCCUGUUCUAAUUAGUGAAUAUGAACAGCUUCAAACUACGUGGGAUCAGUUUGCAACACAAUGCAAAGAACAAGAUAAGAAACUCAAAGAAACCUUGAAGCAGUGGAAUGAAAGUCAAAAGACAUUAGAUGAAUUAGAAGAAUGGCUUAAGCUCAAAGAAAAUCAAGUCAGAGAUCAAAGCUUGAAGAGCAAUCUGGAAGCUAAAAUUAGCCACUUACAGAAAGUUAAGGAGAUUCAGGGUGAGUUAGCAGCACGAAGCCCUGAGUUCACCGCUUUGACCAGCAACAAACAAGUUGCAAGUGAAUCUGAUCUUACAAACAAAACUUCCAAAUUGGCUACAAGAUACCAUACAUUAAACAACCUAGUCAAUGAAAUAAUUUCUAAAUACGAAGUAUUCGUGUCAGAACAUCAAGCAUUCGAAAAUGAGUACGACAAUAUGGAAACUUGGCUAGCUGGAAUGCUUGGUGAGUUACAAGAUCUCAAUGAAAUCGUUGGUGAUUAUGCUGUUUUACAAGAAAAACAAAAUAAGGCUAAAGAACUUUAUGAAACCAGAAAUAAGAAGACACCAGUAUUUGAAGAAUUCCUGAGCUUAGGAGAGAAACUAUAUACACAUACAAGCCCAGAUGGCCGUGAAGUUAUCCGCCAGAAAAUUAGAAAGAUCAGGACUUUAUGGGAUAGCUUUGGUGACAGCUUCCAAGAAACUGUUAACAAAUUAGACCAGUGUCUCUUACAGUUCUCAGACUUUUCCUUGGCUCAAGAACAGCUAACUAAAUGGCUCAAAGACGUUGAAAAGGCAAUGCAACGCCACACUGAACUUAAGGCAUCACUUGAAGAAAAGAAAGCUCAAUUGCAAAAUCACAAAAUAAUGCAUCAAGAAAUAAUGACCCAUCAACAACUAGUCGAGUCUGUUUGUGAUAAAGCACAACAAUUAGUGGAUCAAACACAUGAUGCAUCGUUGAAUGUUUACUUACAAUCUAUAAAACAACUGUUCCAAAAUAUCGUCACUAAAUCUCAGAACCUUCAAGACAACUUAGAAGAUUGUGUAAAGCGCCACGAAGAUUUAGUACGUCUUAUCCAGCAGUACAAAGAUUGGUUAGGUUCCCAGUCAGAAAAAUUACUUGACAUUGAAAAUGCAACUGGAGAAAAACCAGAAAUCAUUAGGAAACUCCAGUCCGCUGUUGCAUUAAAGGAUAUUGAGAAAAUCGGAUCCAGCAAGUUGGAUGAAAUCAGAAAUGUUUUCUCUGCUGUUAGCAAAAGCACGUCAGAAUCUGGUAAUGCGGCAAUUAAAGCUGAAAUUGACAAUUUACUAGAUCAGUUGCGCAAUGCCGUUCAAAGUAUUGGAACGUCAGAGCAAAAAUUGAAACAUACUUUAGAAAUUUGGAAUAAGUUUGAUGUCUCCAUAGAAUCUAUUACUGAAUGGCUUAAAAAUAUGGAAUCUAAAUGCAGAGAUCAAAGUCUUUGUUCAACAUUGCAAGAAAAAGAAGCGCAACUAAAGAGAUAUGUAGACCUUAGAAAUGAGAUCAAUGCCAAGGAGAAAGAGAUUGAUGCAUUUGUUGAUGAAUCUCAUAGCCUUAUCCAAUUAAGUGGAGUGGAACGCUUGAAACCACUCGUGACUCAAGUGAAUAGUAGAUACCAACAACUUCACUUGAUUUCUAAAGACAUAGUCAACCAUUGGUCUGAAUUGGUUGGUGAUCACAGAAAGUAUGUUCAACUGAAAAGUGAAUUCGAAACGUGGCUCAGGCCGUUGGAAGAACAACUAUCACAAAUGGUCACAAAGGAAGACAAGCUUAGCAUUGAAAGCAAAGGAAACAAGCUGCAGGUAUUUUUAAUGGAAAGAGAUAAUGGUGAGCACAAAAUAGGAAUUCUGACAAGUGCUGGAGACAAAGUUCUCCCUGAAACAGCAGCUAACGGCAGAGAGAAUAUCCGAUCUGAAAUAAGAGAUCUUAGGGAACGGUGGGAUAAACUGAACGACACAAUCCUCCAGCAACAGAAAGAGUACGAAUCUCAGACAUUGCAAUGGUCAAGUUACCAGGACGUACUUCAGCAAACUUUGUCGUGGUUGGAUGAAAAAGAAAAGAUUGUUGAAAAUGAAGAAAAAUCUGUGCUCAAUUCCGCUCAAGAAAUAAAGUCAAAAUUACUUAAAAACAAGACUUUGUUACAAGAAAUUUACUCACACAAAAGGGUUAUUGAAACAGUUACCGAAAAAGCUAAAUCGGUAGCUGCUAACUUACACUCUGGGAAAGAUGAGGGUGAUGAUAUGUCUAAAAUAAUUCAAUCUGUUUGGGACAGAUACAACGCAUUAACAAACAGGUUGUCUGGGAUCAUCGAUAAGCACGAGAAAACAUUCGAGAUAUAUCAACAAUUCUCAGACCAACAAAAAUCUCUACAAGACUAUCAGAAGCAUCUGUGGGAUCGUCUUCAUUUACUGUCAGACUUCACUGGAAAUAAAGCAGCUCUACAAAGUAAACUGGCUAAAAUUCAAGAGCUUCUGGAUGCGAUACCAACAGGCAACAACAAGCUGAAGAUUUUAUCAGACUUGAUUGAAAACAGUUCAUCUAAAUUAUCACCAAGAGGGCGUGAAGGUAUGUCCAGAGAGUUGGCAUUACUCAAGGCUGAUUUAGAAAAGUUCACUGCGACAGUGCAUGAAGUGAAGCGAGGUAUUGAAGAUAAGAUACAGCAAUGGAUUGAGUUCGAAAGUGCAAAUGACAGGUUACAGCACUGGCUAACAGAUACUGAGAUGAGCUUGAAAACAUACACUCCCAAGGCGACUCUAGAUGAGAAAAUUGAUCAACUCAAUAAAUAUCAGGAAUUGAGUAAAGCGAUUGAUAAUCACGAAAAUGAUUUGAGCGCUGUCAUAAGACUCGGGGAAGCUUUGGAUCAAGCUAUUUUGGCUAACUUGAAGAAGACUGAAAAUGACGUAGACAAAUUAAGCGAUGAAUUCAGUGAUUUGAUCGAAAACUGUAACGACACCAGGAUCACAAUGAACUUGCAACAAAUGACUUCUCGAUUCCAAUCAGUACAGUCGACAGCCAAAGAGUUGGUGAAGAAGUGUGAACAAGCUGUCAACGAUCACAGUGCGUAUCAAGAGAAAUACAACCAAUGUACAGACUGGAUUAAGUCAGCACAGCACAAGUUUGAAGAAUGUAAUAAGAAAAUCUCUAGCACACCAGAAGGCAUAAGUGCCAAGCGAGAAAGUCUUAACGAUUUGCUUAGCCAACGACGCAAUGCUACUCUGCUUGUGAACAACACAGUCGAACUAGGAGAAAAGUUGUAUCCUUCUACAUCACCUGAAGGUAAAGAAUUGAUUGAACAACAGCUUCAAGACAUCCAACAAUCUAUUGACAACUUGUAUGAUAAUAUCACAAAGGCCGAAAGAGAUUUGGAUUCUGAAUUGAACAAGUGGUCAUCAUUUGAUGAUAAUCUGAAGACUGUGCAACAAUGGUUGUCAACGGCCGAGAAGAACUUACCAAAAGAAAUUGAAUUAAAGGCUACAUUGGAUGAAAAGCGUAAUCAAUUAAACGUCUACAGGACAUAUCUUCAAGAUGCUAUCGCCCACCAACAAGACAUAGCUAACUUAGAAGCUCGUGCUCAAAGCUUACCAGACAUUACAAAAGAUAUUACAAAGGAAAUAAACCAACUGAAACAAAGACAUGAGACCAUACUUACACGAGCGAAAUCAUUUGUUGAACAAUAUGAAGCUAUUGUUAAUAACCAUCAACAAUACACUAAAGCGGUUAUGGACUUGCAAGAAUGGGUAGAAGCUACACAUAACACUGCGCAGCUGUGGGGAGAUGUUAAUUUAGAGCGCGUGGCACUAAGUAGCAACUGUGAGAAGCUGAAAUCUUUGCAAUUAAGUUUGCCAGAAGAGAAGGCUCGUAUUGACAAGAUACGUUCCAUAGGAGAAAAAGUUCUUCCUGGUACUAUUAGUAAUGGGCAAGCCAAUAUUAGAAACCAAAUUGAUGCUUCUCAUCAAGAAUGGGAAGGCUUAGUUUCGUUUAUUAACAAAACUAUUGAAUCUCUUGAAAAUAAAAUACAGCAAUGGAAUGAGUAUGAAAACAUGAAAGACCAAUGCCUAGCCUGGAUUAGGAAUACUGACACACAGAUUCAUGCUGUUGACUUAAAAGCGACAUUACAAGAAAAGCAGGAGCAGUUUAAGAAGUUCCAAGAGUUACAAGGGGAAGUACGUGCUAAGGAACUUGAAAUCGAUAAUAUAACUGAAAAAGCACAGCAUUUAUACACGGGAGUGCUUGGGCCUCGAGGUUCACAGAUAUCCGAUCUUGCAGUUAAAUAUCAAACUCUGUCUCAAAAAGUUAAGGACUUAACUAAUAGGUGGCAACAGUAUGUUAAAACCCACCAAGAGUUUGCUAGUAAUGUUACUGAAUGUUCCCAAUGGAUCGAGGAACUAAGAGACAAGUUGGACUUCUGUGCUGACCUCAGCUCUAGUUCUCAAGAUGAUUUAGAAACGAAAUUAGUUUUGAUACAGAAUUUGUUGCUAACAAAAGAUGAAGGAUUUACGAAAGUGCAAUCACUUGUUGAACUUGCGCAGAAUGUAAUGGCAAACACUGCACCUGCUGGCCAUGAAGCAAUUAAUAACUCGCUUAUUGCCUUACAAGAACAAUGGUCAGCAUUAUUGUCCAGAAUGAUUGAAACAAAGAGCAUGUUAGAUGAUUCUGUGACUAAAUGGGCUGGGUUCUUAGAACAAAUUCAGUUGAUCGAGAAGAGCAACAACUGGCUUGAGAAUAUGUUAGCUGAAUUAACUCCAUAUGAGUCCUCCAUGACUGAUAAACGAGGUCAACUGGAAAAACUAAAGGAAGUUGAAGAAAAAGCCCGAUGCGAUCGUCUUGAUGUCGACACAUUGAAAGCUAAGGCCGCUGAAAUGAUAGCUAGUGGUCAGCAAAACCAAGCAGCAUCGAAAGCUCAAGAAACGCUUAAUAAGUUCGAUACACUUUACGACCGAGUCAAGAAACUGCUUGCUGACCGAGAAGAGCAGUACAAGGACCACAGGCUAUACAAAGAAGCGCAUGAUGAACUUAUUCAAUGGUUGACCAGAGCUCGAGAAAAGGUUCCAUCUUUGAAGUCUAAGCCAUUGAGCGACAAAUUAGCAAUUGAGAAUUCAGUAGCGCCUCUUGAUGCGUUGAUAAAUAAACAAGCUCAAGGUGAACUGUUGCUGGAACACCUGCAACAUACUGGAGAGGUGGUCCUUGCUAGUACUUCACCUGAAGGACAAACAACAAUCAAAAAUGAAAUGAAAGCAUUGAAAGAAAGCUUUGACGAUCUUUUCAAUGAAAUUAAACAACAAAAGAGCCAAUUAGAGGAAACUGUUAAUCAAUGGCGCGAAUACAAAGAUGAAUAUGAAAGGCUUUCAGAUUGGUUACAACAAAAAGAGAUUCUUAUUAAAAACCAUAAACUGGCAUUGCUUGGAACUGCAAAAGAAAAAGGCGCCCAGGUUAAUGAAGUCAAAGAAAUUGUUGAUCAAUUAAAUAAAGGUAAGAAAGAUAUUGAAACGUUCAAUGCUUCAGCAUCGGGUCUAUUGGCGUCACAUCUUGAUACAUAUGUUAACAACCAAUUGAGGCAUCUGAAUUCAAGAUAUCAAGUUUUAGUCAAUAUGGCUAAUGAUGUUCUGAAGAAAGUAGAAACUAAUUAUGAACAACAUCAAAACUACGAUGAAAACUAUGCCAAAACUAAGAAAUGGAUCGAUGACGCCUGGGAAAUCACCCGCAGUGGCAGUGAAGCUGGCAGCAAUAGCAGUAAGGAAGCAUUACAAAAACGUUUGGAACAAAUAGAAGACUUGUUGAAACGUCGCGAAGAAGGCCAGAAUUUAGUACAUGCUACUGUAAAUAGUGGUGAAAAAGUUCUAAGAAACACAAGAUCUGACGGUAAAGACAGAAUUAACACUGAACUCAAAGAAUUGCAAAACGAAUGGGAUCGUUUAGUCAAAAAGAUGACGACAGCUAAAGUUCAUUUAGAGACGGCCCUACUGCAAUGGGCCGAUUAUAGCUCAAGUUAUUCACAACUCCAGCAAUGGAUACAAGACAGAGAAGCAAAACUUCAAGAAGUGUGUGAGCAGAAAGUCGCCAAGUCAAAGAAAGGUCAAGACCGUCUUGCUGGUCUUACAACAGGCCUCAGCCUUGGCGAAAGAAAAGCUACACUCCGUCAAACAAACAAUAUUGUUCAAGAUAUCGUUUCGUUUGAACCCAUGAUUCAGUCUGUAACUUCUAAGGCUUCGGAACUUAUGCAACAAGCUCCGGCAUCUGAAAUCACCAGCAAAUAUGAAACGCUAUCUAAACAAGCUAAAGACUUAUAUGAAAAACAAAAAGAAACAGUUGAACAGCACCAGGCCUUUAUUGACGCUGGUUCAGAUUUCGUCCAAUGGAUUAGGGCUGCUAAGGAAAGGUUAGGCAAGUGCUCUGAUGCAACCGGAGAUAAGGAAUUUUUAAGUAGUAAGAUAUCUCAACUUAAAGUUUUGGAAAGUGAAUUACCGGAAGGACAAGCAAAAUUACAAAAAGCUCUAGAACAAGGAGAGAUAUCAUGUGCAGUAGCAGAUGAGGAAGACAAAGAAGAAAUAGAGGAAGAAGUAGCUCUUAUGCAAGAGGAAUACGAUACCUAUGUUGAGCAGCUGAAAAACACCAAAGCAUUGAUUGAAGGAGGUAUUGUAAAAUGGACUGAAUAUGAAGAGCAGUACAAGGAAGCCUUGGAUUGGUUGUCAAAGACUGAAAAACUAGUACAAUCAUUUAAUAAAUUGCAAAAUAACUUGGAGCAAAAGAAAGUGGUUCUGGAGGAAUUCCAGGGACAUCUGCAAAUGUUAUUCGACUGGCAAGCUGAACUUGACAAGCUCAACGUUCACGCGCAGACUUUGUUGGAAACAUGUGCAGACACCAGGAUUUCGAACGGAAUUACUCAAAUCACAACAAAAUACAAUGCUUUACUGUCUCUCGCUAAAGAAGUUAUGAAGAGACUUGAACUCCAUUACCAGGAACAUCAACAACACAAUGCCCUGUAUGGAGAAUGCCAAGAUUGGCUUGACAGAACUCGCGAGAAACUUAACCAGUGUGCUGAAAUACCAAACACUUUACAAGAAGUUAACAACAAGCUUAACACCGUUAAACUUCUACGACAGUCUUUGGAACAAGGUCAGAAUAAACUAAGAUACUUGUUGGAAUUGAAAGAGAAGGUCAUUAUGAACACGGAACAAGCAGGCGCAGCUAAGAUCCAGGAAGACACAGAUAACCUAAAACAAGAGUUUGACAAAUUGAUUGCUGAUUUACAAGACGUCCGCAAUAAAUUGACCACCAGAGCUGGACAGUUUGACGACAUUUCAAAGAUCCACAAAUUACUGGUCGAAUGGCUAGAUGAUAUUGACCAGAAAAUACAAUCAGACGAUUCUUUGAUGAAUGACCUAUCAGAGAAGAAGGCUAAGCUGGAGAAGUUCAAAACAUUCAACAGGGAUAUUGAUUCUCACAACGAUCUCGUUAAAAAGCUGACUGAAAAGUUACAAGAAGACGGAUCUUUGAAAUCAAAAGAAAUUGAAGAUACGUUAAAACGCUACGAUAACAUAAGGAAGACAGUUAACGAGAUGAUCGCUAAACUCGAAGAAUACGUUAAUUCCCACAUACAGUACAAAGAAUCGUACGACAACUUCUAUGAUUGGGUUCGUAAUUGCAAGAUAGAAAUCCAGCAAUGCUCUGAUUCUCACGGAGAAAAAGAAGAAGUUCAAAAGAAACUAAAGAAUGUGAAUAAAAUUAUUGAAUCAUUGCCUAAGGGAGAAGCUCUUUUGAAGAAAACAAUCCAACAUAGCGAAGCUGUAUUAAAAACAACUGGUAAUGAAGGAAAGGAUAACAUCAAUCAAGAAAUCAAACAGUUGCAGAUUGAGUGGGAGAACUUGCAACAGAUUUGCAAGGACACCAAGAAGUUGCUAGAAAAGUGUCUGUCCGCUUGGUCAGAUUUCCUGGAAACAUCUGAGAAGAUGAGCAAAUGGGUCAAAGAUUUCGAUAACAAGCUUAAAGGAGUACAGAAAGUAGACAAAAUCACACCUGAGCAUCUCGAUAAGUGUCGCGAACUUUUGGCAGAAGCUCUUAGAAACAAACAUGUUUUGGAAGAGCUUAACGAUAGGUGUGAGAACUUAAUGGAGUUGAGCGCCUGUGCAUGGGUCCGCGACAAGACAGUCACUUUGCAAACUGAAUACACGACUCUCCUGACUAAGAUACAAGGCCUUGUUUCUAACGGAGAAAAGAACCUAUCUGAUCAUACAGAAUUCAUUAAGGCCAAGGAAGAUCUACAGAAAUGGCUAGAAACAGCUCACGGAACAGUUCAAGAUUCGAUAGGAGUAGGUGACAUUGAUACCACAAAGGAUAAACUUGAAACCAUCAAGCUUGUAAGCAACAGAAUGACUGAAGGACAUCACUUGCUCGUCGUCCUUCAAGAGGCAUUCAAGAAAGCUCUGAACAACACUCCCCCUGAAGAACAAGAUGGUUUACGAAAUGACGUUAAACUUUUGCAGGAGAGCUGGGACCAACUUAAGAUUGACUUGAAUUCCAUUACAGUACAACUGAAGGCUGCUAUUGGAAAAUGGGAAGACUUUGAAGAAUCUAAGAAUAAAAUGAACCAAUGGAUUAAGGAUACUGAACAGAACUUGGAUAAAGUUCCUCCUACCAGUGGCGAGCUUGGUGAAAUGAAGACUUUAUUAGAAAAAUACAAGCACAUAGAAGAUGAAAUCGACAAUAAGAAACCAGAGCUAGAAAGGCUAAAGAGUGAAGCCGCUGAACUGAGUAGCUGGGCAAAGAAACCAGCAGUCAAAGAAUCUGUUACAGAAAUCGAGAAAAAAUGCAAUGCAUUGCGCGCUAAGUGCGCAGCAAAGAAAGCUGAACUCGAGUCUGAUAUCAAAGACUACAAUCAAUACCACCAAUCGCUACAAGACACUGAAAAAUGGCUGUUACAGAUUUCAUUCCAACUUAUGGCUCAUAAUUCCCUGUACAUUUCUAACAGGGAGCAAACAGAAGAACAGUUGGCUCAGCACGCUGUUUUGUUAGAUGACAUUCAGAAGUACAGAUCCACUCUUGACGACCUGGAAGCUAAAGGUAAAGCGCAGAUUGAGAGGUACCAAGCAACGGCGCCAUCAAUCAAGGACACUGUAGGAAAACAGCUGAAGAACGUUAACGACAGUCACAAGUCUCUGUUAGCCACGGCGCUUCAGAUCGAACGCCGGCUACGCGAGGGGCUUGCCAAAUUCAAGGAAUACGAAGACACUCUUGAAAGCAUUUUGAACAACUUAGAUGAGUGCGAGCCUGCUAUCACCGAGCUUGAUGUACCGGUCGACGGCCUGUCGCACGGUCGUGAGCUUCUGGACAAAGCGAGGGCUCUGCACAACCGUCUCCAAACGGAAAAGAGUCGUCUUUCGGCGGCGGUAGCGGCGUGCUCGGCGGCCGCCGCGUCGGUGUCGCGACCGUCAUCGCCCGCCGACUCCGCGCCGCUUCCGAUCCCGCCGCGUGAACUACACGUGCGCGCGCGCCUCGAAGACCUCAUCGACCAGAAGCGAGUUAGCGAUGUCGGCAGCGCGCCGCGCAUCCACGAAAUUCUUAAAAACCUGGAGACACCAGAGUUCAACGAAAAGCUAACGGCUUUCGAACAAAGGGUACAAAGCCACUUGGAAACGCUGGGUGAUGCAGUGCACGGAAUGGAAGAAGCUAUGAAGCAAGUGGAUGAGAUCCAGGAAUGGAUAAAUGUGCACAACGCGCUGGCCCGCGACUGGCUCGCCAACCCGUCCAAGCUGCGCCCCGAGGCGGCCAAGCAAGACAUGGCUGCCAUGAGCGACGCACUGGUCUCCUUGGGAGAGAAGAGAAACAGGUUGCUCACUGAAAUUCCUACAGAAGGGCUAGAAGACGAAAUCAAUCUCGAAGAAGAAUUAGAUAACUUGGAAGUGAACAUUGUCAAAGCUAUUGAAAGAGAAAAGGGCAACCAAGCAAUCAUUGAUGACUACAGACACAAGUGUCAAGAAAUCCACGAUUGGUUUGACUCUGUUCUAAAGAAGAUGAGUCUAGCUGACAAGGGCUCCGGUCUCUCGUGUGUUCAAAAGUUGAGUGCGCUGAAAGACUUGUCGGCUGAAUUCGAUCAGUCUGGCAAAGAUAAGGUCGACAACAUCAAGACCAUCGGCUCUAAAGUCAUCAAUAUUGUCAGCAACUUAGAAUCACAGCAAGUUGAGGAACAGAUGAAAUCCGUGGAGCGAAGGUAUAACGACAUCGCAAAACGCAUACAACGUAAAUUGCACAUGCUUGAAAUCACAUACAAAGCGAUUGAUGGAACGAAGAGCGAAGUCAACGCACAGAAUGAAUGGAUGCAAAAAGAAAUUGACAACAUAUUACAUCCGGAACCAUUAAGCUACGACAGCAAGUCAGCUAAAGAGCGUCAGAAGCAGAUUGCAAACUUGUUGAAAGAAACCGAUGGAAAGAAAACUGUCAUUGACUCGUUAGAAAAGAAAGUCAGUACCAUUCAGGCUGAGCUGGAACCAUCGGAACAAAUGCAAUUAGAGUCUGAACUAUCUGAAUUAGCAUCUAAGCAAAAGCAACUGGCUUCUUUGAUCAAACAGGAAAUUGAAAGAUUAGGUGGCUGUACUGAGGACAGGAAGAAACUAGAAAAUGAUAUCGAAAAAGCUAAGAACUGGCUGAAAGCAAAACUUGCAGAGAUCAAAAAGUUAGGUGGACCAGUACCAUUGGAAGCUGCAAAGGUAGAAAAAGAAAUUGCCGUACACAAGAAACACCAAGGUGAACUCUCAGACUUCCACAAUGACAUUCUAGCUGAAGUUAUGCGUCAAGGUAACGCAGUAUCCAAAGACUGCUCACCUGAAGAUCGCACUAAACUACAAGCUAUUUUAGAAGAUUUGAACAAGACCUACACUUCUGCUAAAGUAGAUAUUGAUGAUAAAUUGUCGGCAUUGAACAAACUUUUGCAAGGAAGAAAUGAGUUCGAGGCUGAUGUUGCUAAGUGUCAGAGCUGGCUCAAUGAAGCUGAAGUUGCUGCUACUCCUGAACUUAGAACUACAAGUCUACAAUUAUUAGAAGAACAGCUAGCCAAGUUUGAGAAACUAAGUAAGGAGGCAGUAGAUGUCGAUAAGAACAUAUCGAAAAUCAAAGACAAAUCAAAAGAUAUUAUGGAGACAUUAUCAGACUCUAACAAACUACAACUUAAGGAACAAGUCAACAUACUCUCAGAUAAGUUUGCAAGAAUCAACGCCAUCAUCAAUGACAAGAAGAACAUCUUACUUAAACAUAUCAAGGAGUACAAAGACGCAGCUGCUAAGAUUGCUGCUGCACUCGAAUUCCUCAAUGAAAUUCAGAACAAACUCAAAGCUCUUAAUAAACCUAUUGGAAGCAAAGUAGAAGAUGUGAUUCCUAUUAUUCAAGCGUAUGAAUCAAUACUUGCUGAUCUCAAAAAGAACAAAGCUAUGCUCAAAGAAUUACAAGGUGGAAAUCUACAUGAUCUACAAGAUAUUCUUACACAACAAGACGAUUUAAUGGACACUAUUGAAGAUCAGAUAUCUAAAUUGAAACAACUGUUGCUACUGCGUGAACAAUUCUUUGCUCUUGUUAAAGAAAUUGAAGAGUUCAUUGCUAAGUACACUGACCUUACAGCUGAAAUUGAGAAAUCAAAUGAUACACUUGACGAGAAAAUUAAGCGGUACGAUGACAUCAUACUUAAAAUUCAAGGCUGUGAGGCUUUGUUGGCCACGGCUACAGACAAGGGUCAACAAAUUGCCGCCGAAGGUACUGUGAUCGAUAGGAAUAACAUAACAGAACUACUCCAGUCAUUGAAACAACAGCUUCUAACUCUGAGAAGGACCGUGGAAUCAAAACGGCAAGAGCAUGAAAGAGCUGCAGCGGAACAUAAGAAACUGGCUUCAGAUCUCGCUGAAAUACUGCAACAACUUCACGACAGUGAGUCCGCUGUGCAUUCGCGACCACUUCUUAAUAGAGACGUUGCGAGUGUCGACAAGAAGCUUGUCGAACAUGCUACGCUAGCUAAGAACAUGCAAGCUUGCUUAGACAAGUUCACUAAGAUCACAGAUAUUAUCAAGAAUGACGACGGCAUUCCUGGAUCGUUGCUGGAAAUGGUAUCUGAAGGCAACUCUCUGAAGACGUCACUGCCCGCUGAACUGGCUAACAGGGAAAAAUACCUGCAAGAUAACAAGAAGAACCGACAGCAGUACUUACAGUUAGUCGAAAAAUUGAACAUCUGGGUGAACGAAGCGAAUAUUCGCCUCGAUAUGGGCAAGAACGGAACAGACUUUGAAAAUAUCGAGGCAGAUCUUGAGGAACACAAGUCAUUCUUUAACACUUCCGAGCCAGAAAUGAAGGAUUUGGUCGGGAAACGUAUGCAGGACAUCGUUGAUAAGAUCUGGCCGUCUCUUGCGACACCCGAGCAGGAAGAGUUGUCUAAAGACCACCAGAAACACAACCAACUUCUGAGGAACACUUUGAAUUCCGCGAAGUCGAGACAAGCGCAGCUGGAGCAGGACCUGGAGAUCUGGAAGGACUUCUGCCAGCUGGUGGAGAAGAUCAAGGCGAUCCUGGACAAGAACGAUAUCGAGGAUGAAGCCGUCACGACCGUCGAUGAGCUCAGGGUCCAUCUGGAGAACUUGAACCGCGCGAAGAAUGAUUUAGAGAACCAGCAGCCGCUCUUGGACGUGCUCCGAGAGCGGGCGCGCGAACUCGGCAGCGCCGCCGACGCGGCCAGCGGAGAGAGGGUCGAGCAGAAGACCAGGGAGCUAGCUGACAGAUGGAACGUUGCUUCGGAAGGUCUUGCCAAACGCGCGGCCAUCGCCGAGCACCAGCUACAACGCUGGAGCCAGCUCCUGGACGUGCAGAGGAGCCUGGCCGCCGGCAUCACCGCCGCCUCCGACCGCCUAAGGCAGCUCGACGCUACCCCCAGCACUAGGAGGAAGGCACUCGACUCCAGACAUGCUUUGCAGGAGCUGCAGAGCGAUGUGGAAAGCCUGGAAGAGUCCAAGGACGAACUUCUGGAACACGCCGAUUUCAUUGUGGCCUUCCUGAAGAGCCACUCUGGACAGGCUGCGGAAGACACGGACGCCACUGUCAAGGAACUCGUGGAAGCGUAUGAAAAAUUGCGACAGACAAUAGCGGCGAGGCUCGCGGAAAUCGACAAGAUUGUUUCUGAUUUCGACCGAGUGUCGGAGAAGAUAGACGAACUCCGGCAGUUGAUCGAAGUCUCCAUUGCCAAAGUCAAGACUUUCUACGUAUUCGGCGAGGACGAAACGGAAGGCGUGCGCGCAUUAACCAAAGAAGUAUCCGAUUUGGUCGAGCGCACCAAGAAUUUCACCGAGGAGAGCAGGAAGCAAUACGGCGGAUCGGCGCCAGCUGACGUAGCGCAGGAGUUGUCAGCUUUGGAAUUAUCUUCGGAGGCGUUGGCCGCGGCGAUGGAAGAAAAGGAAAGGGAAUGGAAGCGUGCGCGCACAGCUCGCUCCGAGUACGCCACGGAUGUCGAAGACGUUCAGGCGUGGAUCAAGGCAGCCGAGCUGACCGCGCGAGAUCGCACAUCGCCGCCGGAGCCCUACAGAGAGCGCCUCGUGGCAACCAGAUCUGAAGUGCCAAACGUCGCCGACCGAGUCGAGCGUCUGACGCGCAACGCGCGCGCUAUCGUAGAAGGCAGCCGCGACGCCGGCGAGAGGCAGCUGGUGCAGUCCACUGUCUCGGCGCUCACGGAGCAGUUCGCGGCCGUGUGCAGCGAGCUGGAGGCCCGGCAGGCCGCCAUCGAGGACGCCUGCGACGCCGUGGCGCGCUUCCUCGCGCUGCUAGAGAAAGUCCUGCUUUGGGUCGAGACACAACGUGCAUUCCUAGCGCGGCCACUCCCAUUGGCCGACUUGCAGGAGGCGCAGCAGAAACAGACUGAAUAUGGGAACGCGCUCAAGAGUUGCAAGCAGCAAGCCAAAAACUUAGCGGACAUGGCCAAAGAAAUAGAGGCAAUCGAACGCGUAACGAGUCCGGGAGACCUCCCAUCGAGACUCGAAUCGGCCGAGAACGCCACCGUCGACGUCGAGAAGAGACUCGCGAAGACCAACGGCCUGCUCCAGGAGCUCGCAGAGGAGUGGGAGAGAUGUGAGAAGAAGCUGAAAGACGCCGGCCACUGGCUCGAGGCGACCGCGCGGACGCUCGAGAUGCCGCAGAACGCGAAGAAGCCGCUGCGCGACCGCCUCGCCCUGCGGGAGAAGCUCAUAAACGACAUCUCCACGCAAAAAACAAAGAUCUCGUACGCCGUCGAGAAACUGAACGUGCACUUCGGGCCGGACGGCGUGGCGGCGGGGUCGCGCGGGCCCGAGGGCGUGGAGGCGAGCGCGCGCGCGCUGUCGGCGUCGCUGGACGCGCUGAGCGCCAGCACGGGCGCGCAGACGGCGGCGCUGGCGGCGGCGCUGGCGCAGGUGGAGGCGUACUGCGCGGACGUGGGCCGCCUGCGGGCGCAGCUGCUGCAGGCCGAGCAGCACCUGCGCCACGCCGCGCAGCCGCACUACGCGCCGCGCGAGCCCGAGCGCGCCCAGCAGCAGCAACAGGAAAUCGCCCGGCGUAUCGAAGAGCUGACUCGAGCUAUCUACGAGCUGGACCCGUACUUCGUGAUGGCGGCCCCGGGCGGCGCGGCGGCGGACGAGCGCGUGGCAACUCUGAGCAUGCUCGUGUCGAGCGGCGCCCGCGCCCGCGCCGCCCGCCGCGCGCGCUCGCCGCAGCGCCGGCGCGCCGCCAGCCCCGCCUGGCUGCUGGCCGGCACCACCUACGCCGAGAUAGUCAGAGGCUGCGGCUCGCGAUCCAGCUCGAUUGGAUCUAGACAACCCAGCGCUCAGAGGCAACCCAGCGCACAGAGACCGGACAGCGCUCAGAGGGACACCAGUGCACAGACGCAACUCAGCGCCCAGGCGCAACCCAGUGCCCAGAGGCAACCGAGCGCCCAGAGACAACCGAGCGCCCAGAGACAACCUAGCGCCCAGAGACAACCUAGCUCCCAAAGGCCACCGAGUGCCCAGAGGCCGCCGAGCUCCCAGAUAGCGACCCCAGAACCCGAACCGAAACAAAAAAUUGAUUGGAACUUGCUUAUGGAUGUGGACACUCGCCCGAGUGAUGAGUUUAGUGUUACCGUGCAGUGUGACCCACCGGACGACGAGCCCGGUGGAUAUAGUGAGACUCGCGUGUGCGACCUCAGUGAAAGUGAACCGUGUGUGUGGGACAACAAGAAAAUGUAUGCGUCUUCUGUUGUCCCCGUGGAUUGCCAUGAAGUGCCCGGAUAUGACGUAGGGAAGCCUGGUAUUGAAGUGUAUAAUGAGCCAUUUGUAAACUUGGACGUGCAAACAGUUCAAGAACUAGGGGACUCGCCGUCACGAACUGUUGUCGAAUUAAGUCCACCGGAAAGGGAUCAGAGGUCUGCUAGCCCUGCGACGAAAUAUCGGUCACAAGAUUUAUCGUACGCAGAGAUACUGGCAUUGGGCUUGCGAAAACAAUCUAAAAGCCACAGUGUCAUGUCAUUGCCAAAGCCACAAGUUGCACAAGUGGAGUUAGUCAAAGAAAUCAUUGUAGAAUGCGUUGAAAAGACUCCGGUUCAAAAUCCAGAGCCAAGAAUUGAGCGUUUAGAUUCAUCAUCUAGAAUAAAACCAGAACGGCCGGAUAAACCGUUCCAACGCAGUCGCUCUAGAGACAUGCCUCGACAGCGCCGUGCGCCUGAAAAGCGACCAACCAAGGCACAUGACGUGCAAACCUUGAAGAAAAAGAAAACCUCAAAAAAGGUUAUAGAAGUUCAAGACUUUGAAGAUGCUCCUGAAUUCGAGCAAUCUAUUGAAAUAACACCUACUUCAAUUCCGGCUAAAAUACAUGAAAAAGAAAGCGUUGAAUCUUUUAGUAAAGAAGUUACGAAAAAAAUUCAACAUAGCGCUACUGUAGUUGAAACAAUUACAGAAAUAGUAACAGUUGAUGAUUUGAAAUCAGAAGCUUUGGAAGCGGACUCUGAACGCAAAAAGUCUAAGAAAAAGAGUAAAUCUAAGAAAAAUAAGCCAGCUGAAGAUGAAAUUCUGAAAGCGCUUAAAGAAAUUGAAGAAAUCGAUAAGACCAAGAAGAAAAGAGGCAAAGAACCUAUUGAAGUUCCGCCUACUAACAUAAAUGUUAAAGACGAUAAAUCACUUGCGUCCAAAGCAGAUACAACUCAAAAAGAUGUUCAGAAAAAGAAGAAAAAAGGGCCUAAACAAGCGACUGACAGCAAGCUAAACAUAUUGUCCACUGAACCCAUAUCUGUCAUCGAAGAGCAAUCAAAAGAACAUCUCAAAGAUGACAAAUACGAAACUAGCGCUGAUAAAACAGUAGAAACAGAAGGAGAACAAUUAAUUUCUGUUUUGUCGCACGAAGUUGUGACUAAUAUUUGUGAUAAUAUCGAGUCAACAGCUGAUACUAUUAUUACACAACAAGAAGACCAUGCAGGUCAAGAAGAUAAUGUGAUCGGAGAAGAAAACAAAACUGCCUCUUUACCAAAAGAUAAAUUGCACGACAUUAUCGAUGUUGAGAAGGAUAAAUCUUCAUCACUAAAGAAAAAGAAAAAUAAAGACAAACAAAAACAUUCAGGUUCAACAAAAUCAGAACCAGAAGAUACAAUAAAAAUUGUUAGUCAAAAUUUGCCUGAAUCUGAAAACACAUUGCCACAAACUGAAGAAAAACUAAAGAAAAAGAAAAAAGUCAAGAAAUCUGACAAAAUUCCAGAACAAGUUUUAUUCGAAACAACAGAUACGGUUGACAUUCCUUUGGUGGAAGACAUUAAAACGAUUGAACCAAUAGUGCUUGAAAUACCUACCGUUGUUGAACAAGUGGAAGAAUUUACACCUGUGCCAAAGACACAAAAGAAAACAAAAACGCCAGAACGUAUAAUCCCUGAAACAAUGGACUUAGAAAAUAAAGAUUUAGAAGAUCUAGACAAAGAGCAACAUAUUGAUGAAGUUAAAGUACAGAAAAAGAAAAAGACUAAAAAACCUAAAGUUACUGACGAUGAAGUAGAGAGAGCUUUACGUGAAAUAGAGCAGUCUGAGACAUCUAAGAAAAAACCAAAAGAUAAGGGGAAGCAUAAAGAUAAUAAGCACAAAAUAGCUAAGGGAGAAUCCACCAUUCAAAAAGAUGUUCAAGUGCCCGAUAAAGCUCAGUCUGAAACACAAAGUAAGGAAGAAGAAUCAACUGUCAGUAAUAUUGCUACGGAUGCUAUUCCCAAAAAGGUGAUAACUAUGGACUGGAAUGCUUUGAUAGCUGAAGAAGAAGGUAUUUCUGAACCAGUUAUGGAACCUAUUGAACAACACGACACAACAGGUUUAGAAACAACCUAUGAAACGCAACAGAUUGCCACAGAAGUAACGAUACUACAAGAAACCAAUGAGGUUAUGGAUAAAAAUAAAAUCAUAUUGGAUGAUACUCCAAUUGCUGAGACAAUUGUUGAGGACAGCAAAAAAGAUUUUGCAGAUAUUAAUACCAGCACUAGUUAUCAACGAAGAGAUUCAAAACAACAAGAGAAAAAACAAGAGACUUCAUCUGCGAUAUCUAGUCCUUCAAGUGAACAAAAUAAUAAUGACAAAUUUUUCUCAUCGGAAGAUCAUAAGCGUGGUUCAAUCAAUAUCGUAGAAGAAGUUACUCGAUAUGAACCGAUAACUAAAGACAUUGAAACGCGUACAAUUUACCUAAUUACGCACGAAGAAAAGAAAUUACCACCAAUAAGAACAGUCAAGGUUUUCAGCAGCAAAAGUAAUUCAUUAGAGGAACCUUCUCUUACGGAUGAUACCGUGUCAAACGUUACUGAGGAAAAAACUAGUGACCUAACUACUGAAGAAAAGGUGAAUAUUUCUGAAAAUGUUGAUAUCACAUCAACAAUGGUCAGUGAAGCCUUUAUAUCAUCUGAAAAACAAUUUGAGGAAUUGACUGGAAUAAAUAAGCAGCCAAGUGAUGUCGAACUAUCCAAAGAUGAUUAUAAAAACAUUCGUAUGGAAGAAAAGGAAACAACAGAAAUAAUCAAUACUAAACCAAAUGAACCAGAAAAUGUUCUUGAAUCGCAACAGAGUGAAAACGUUGAAAUUGAAAGAAUCGAAACAAAUAUACCGAUUUCUUCAACUGAUAAUUUAAUUGAUGAAAAAUAUCCCUCAGAAGAGCAGUUGAUAGAAGAAACUCAGGUGAAGAGAAAUGCUCCAGAGGAUCUGCAAGACGUUUUGGAAGAAGCUAUAUUUGGAUCAGUUCAAGAUCGUAAAAAGACGAAUGCAAAAGAAACAUGUGACAUUCCUUACCAGCAACUAAUAGAAGAAGUAAAGACUUAUUCACUUGACUUAGAUAUGAAUAAGUUGGAUUAUAGUUAUCAUGAAUUUAUAACAAAGGAAAAAGAGAACAUAAAACCUAAUCAAACCAUGACUACCGACAAAGAGCCAAAUAAACAGUGUUCACCUGAAGAAAGUGAAAAGGAUAUUCUAAAACCAUCUGUAGCUAUCACUGAUGAGAUCAAGAGCUAUAUUUCUGACCAAAAUGAUAUUAAAAAAACAAGCUAUCACGAAAUACGAGAUGCAGAACUUAUUUAUGGCACCACAAUAAAAGAAAAAAUAAUCAGUCAACCUUCACACCCUGAAGAAGUAGUAUUGGGUGAUAGUGAAAAUGUUACACUGACACCAGUAGUGAAGGAUACACAGCUCAGUGAAGUUGAAAAAGAGCCUUCACUAGAAAACAUACAAGGUCAAGAAGUUCCAAAGGAAGAAGUGUUGAGAAUCAGUUAUCAUGAAAUAAAGGAUGCUGAAAAGAUUUUAGCUCAAACUGAAACAAGAGACAUUAUCUCUUAUACGAACAAUAAAACAGAAUUGUCACCUGAAAAACUUCAAACUGUUCUUAUUGAAACUCAAGAAUCUAAAGUUAAAGACGAACAAAUUGAAAGAGUUCCUGAACAAAAAGUAACUCAACCUGAACUUCAAGACACAGAAAAACUUUUACCUGUCGCAGAAUCUUCAGAAGUUUUGCAAAGUGAAAAGAUUACUAAAAAUCUAGAAGAAUCUUUGAAAGAAACUACAGCAGAAGAAAUACUUUUGCAGUCUGUUUCACAAAAAAUAUGUAAAACCGUUACAGAUAGUAACAGAUUUAUACAAAAUGAGAAAAAACAAAUGAUUGAUGAAGUAGAUUUCAGUCAGGGACCUACAGAUAAUGUGCCUUCUGUGACCCACCCAGUAAGUGCACUACCAAUAAAAGAUGAUGAAACUCUUGAUACCAAAAUAAUAACACAUAAAGAGCAUGAUAUAAAAGUCAUUUAUCACGAAACUCCACGGCAAAACUAUCAUGAGAUAGUAGACGCUGAAAAAUUAUUCGCAAACUUAUUAACUGUGCAAAAUCUUAUUCAGACAGAAGUCGCUGAAACGAAGCAAGUCGAAGAUGAUUCUAUUUCUGUAUUGGAAAAAGAAGAUGAAAAUUUGGAAUUAGACGUUAGUAAAGGAGAAGUUCCGACUUUAGCACAAGAACAAGUACAAGCGAAUGAGCAAAUAAAUGAAACGUCACAAACAACAAUUAUCACUAGAACUUCUUAUAAAGAAAACUCACCUGUUAUGCACGACAUUUUACAGGACGAACAAGAAACAAAUGAGAUAAUUGCAGAUAAUCAAAUUGAAGCAUAUGUGGCAGAUGAAGUCAACGAGUCUCCUGAGACCGUUAAUGUUCAACCCAGGCAGGAAGCAAAUAUCUAUGAAGUGCCUUCAUACAAUUAUAAUGAAUUACGAGAUGCUGAAAUCAUAUUUGCUCGUACGCAGGUUCAACCUGAAAACUUAAACCUUGUGUCUGAGGAAGAACCUGCAAAUGAUACGGCAAUAUUACAGCAAGAAGAAACGGUUAUAGAACAAGAUAAUAAAGUUAUUUCGGAAGAUUUGAUUCAAUAUGAAGAUAAAUCUGAAACGACUGAUGAAUCAAACCUAACGGAACAGAAAGUGUUUGAACCUAUGCGUCACAGUUACAAUGAAAUACAAGAUGCUGAAAAUAAACUGGCGUUACUCUUGACAAAGAAAGUUAAGAGUAUUGACGAACCGUGCAUAUCUCAAGAAAUUACAACGGAAAUCUUUGAAGAUGAAACACGGGUAUUAACGACAGAUGCAACUGAUGAGCAUAACAUUGAUCAAGUUUUUUCUGACAGUGUUAUCUUACAAACUAGUGAUUGUGAGAAACCGACUAUAGAAGAAACCAUCUCAACUGUCAAAAUCGAUAAAUAUGAUGCACCUGCUGCUCUCUCUUUAGAGACGCCGUCUUUGCCUAGUAUUGAAAAUUCAUUUGAAGUUGAUGACCUUGAUAAUACUCCCAUACCCGUGGUGUAUGGCACCUCUGAAGAUAAAAACGAAGAAUUAGUCACGGAUGUUCCUAUUACGCCCAUUUCACUAGUAGAAAUGGACGAUAUAAAAUCAUUGGAAGAAGAGAUAAGUAUUCUAGAUGAAGUAACAGAAAAACCAGAGUUACUGGAAAACGUUGAAGAACAACUGACGCCCACUUUACAAGAAGAAUCCAAGAUAGUACAACAAUCAGAGGAGAAGCUAAACAUUUUGGAUAGAGAAGAUACGCAAGUAACGGAACAACCUAUACCACCAAAAAAUAUUGAAGAGCAACUGAUAACUGUUUCACAAAUACAAUCAGAGUCAAUAGAACAAACGAAAGACGAAAUAUUGACUCCAAAUAAAGAAGUUACGGAAGUAACGGAAAGAUCACAAACACCAGAAAUCUUUAAAAAACAGCUGACACCCCUAACACAAAUAGAAACGGAGGUAAUAAAGUUGUUAGAAAAAGAGAUAAAUGUCCCAGACAAAGAAGUGAUAGAAAAAGCACAAACAACAGAAGACAUUGUAAAACAAUCUAUGCCCGAGUCACAAGUAGAAUCCGAGGUUAUAAUACCAUCGGGAGAAGAAAUAAAUAUUGCGGACACUAAAGCUACGCAAUUAACGGAAACACCAAAAACACCCGACAAUAUUGUAGAACAAUUAAUUAUUGAGCCCGCAGUCAUAACUGACAGUAGGGUUGAAAACCUUCCCUUAACAGUUUCUCAUCAAGAUAUAAACAUAACAGAACAAAAUGUACAAGAAAUAUCCACUCAAGAAUUCAUAAGCACAGAACAAGAAACUUUAACUCGAGAGUCGCAAGAAGGAAUCAUGGUUGUCUUCGACGAGCAAUCUCCAAAGCCUAAUACUAUCUCGGCGGAAUUCAUUCAUAGCGAAUUAGUACACAAAACUGAUAAUCAAUCUAUUCCAAUGACUGCCAUGCCCAAGCCUGAUACCGCAAUAAUUAAUAAGACAAUUGAGGUUCAAUGUACGGACACGCCUAUUGAGCCUUCUGAAACUGUAAACGAGUUUACUGACAUUGUAGAUACUAAUAUCUCUCUAACAGAUAAUUCACGCCCUGAAAAAUCUCCUAUACAUAGUUUGCAUGAUCUUCUUCCUGAGAUUGAUUCCAUUCCUGAGUUUAAACCAUCUUAUUCAAACACUAUACUGUAUUCAAAAUUAUCGGCUGAUGCACCAGAAUUCACACCAUCUUAUAUGUACCAAAAACCUGUAACGAGUCCUGUGUCUCAAACGAUAGCACCUGAAACACAAGUUGAAGAUGUGACUACUGUUGAGAAAACGGAAAAUAAAGAAAUAAUUGAAAUCUUGUCUACAACACCUCAGACAUCGUAUUCUUCUGUCUUACAAACCAAGAAGGAAAAGACAUCGCCUGAAACUGUUGUCAAGUCAGAAGAAAUUGUACACCAUGAACCAAUUUCAGAUGUGGUAGUCAAAGAGACUAUUCCUGAAAAAAGCAAACGCAAUAAAAAGAAGAAAAAGAAAGACGACAAGAAGGAUAUUCCUGUAAUUCCUGAUCAACAAUCAGCACAACCAGCUCCAGUACCGGUUGAAUCGAGUUCAUUAACAACAGAACCUGUUAAUGUUUGGUUAAAAGCUGCAGAAGAUGGAAAGUCUUAUGCUGAAGUUGUUGCAGAAGGAUUGGUUGUUGAAGAAAGAGAAACGAUUCAACAAAAUAUAGAAAAGUCAUACCCACCUGUAGUUGAACCAGAAUUUGAGGAGCAAAUAGAAGAAAUAGUGAAAGAAGUAGAUAUAUCACUUCCAGAAGAGGAUCACGGUAUAGGCUCUUGGGCCAAGAUAGUUGCGGCAAGCCGACCUACUCCAGAGCGAAUACAAACAGAGGUUUUCAAACACCCCGACACUCAAUCAGUAAUACGACCACCUGUUAUAAUGGUUGACGAGUCAAAUCCAGAACCACAUAGACCAGAAAUUGAAGUAGAUGCUGAUGGUUUCAUAACUGUGGAACAUAGACAUAGGCGGUCUCGAUCUAGAUCUAGAGAUAACAGAUCCCAGUCAACAUCCAAAACGCCACAUGUGACUGAAACUCGUGAUAAAUCGGAGAAUAGAUUUGACGCUCUUACAAGCACCCUAAAACCUGACGAUUUGGAACCCAGUCAAGGUACCUCGACAGAAGUUGAGAGACAACCAAAGAAAGAGAAAGGAAGAAAAAGUCGAGCAUCGAAGUCAAAGGAAAAAGAAGUUGAGCCUAAAGUACCAGAAAUGGUUCCAGAUAUAUCAGAUGAAGAUAAACAACCACAGAAAAAAGACAAAAAGAAACGGUCAUCUAAAUCUACAGAGAAAAAUAAAAAACCAGAAGAUAAAGAUACCAAAACCAUCAACGAUGACGACGAAGUGAAGCAAACCGAUGUGGUACAAGAACCUCAAGUAUCGGAAGAGAAAAAGAAGAACAAAAAGAAAAAGAAGGACAAAAAAUCUGUCACAAGUACUGAAAAACCCGCAGACACAGCGUCUCCGGACAUUUUGUCUUCCACUUUGCCAAAAAAAGAAGAGAUUGAACUUAAAUCAAAACCAGAAAUUGAAAUAAAACAAGAAAUUGAAACAAAGCCAGAAAAUGAAACAAAACAAGAAAUUGAAACAAAACCAGAAAUUGAAACAAAACAAGAAAUUGCCACAAAACUAGAAAUUGCAACCAAACCAGAAACUGCAACAAACCCAGAAAUUGGAACAAAACCAGAAGUUGAAAGAAAAACAGAAAGUAAAAUAUUAUUCAAGUCCCUUGAAUCACCUGUUUCCACUCCUGAAUCAAUGCAUACACCUAUUAAAGACAGACUAUUCUCAGAAGCGCAGUUCUGGAAGGAUGAUGUAAGUAACUUGGACGAUCUAUCAAGUCUUUCAAAGGUUCUUCCUGUUGAUGAACAGCAGUUAUUAGGAAACACGACUGAAAUAAUAAAACCAGAAAUGACAGACAUGCCUGGUAUUGAAAAAGUCACUGAAAGUGAUAUUCCUGAAGAUAAGAUUACUGUCCCUGAAUUUGUUGAUAUUCAAGAAAAAAUACAAUCAUCUGAAACUACCCAAAACUUACACGAAUCAGAGAAUAAAAUAACAGAAGAACAGUCUCUUGAGAACAAAAUGGCUGAUUUACAAAGAGAAAUUGAGGAAAUGCUAUUACCUGAAAAUGACUCCUCGCAAAUUAGCGAUGGUACUCCAAAAGAAUUAACCGAUGUUCAAUGCUCGAUAGACUACCCACUUGAUGAAGUUUUAGACAGCAUAACACCUUCACUUGCAUCCCCAGAUCCAGAAGAUGAAUUAUCGUUUGAAACAAAAGAACCUGCUCAAGACAUUUCAUCUUAUGACCGAGUUAUAGAACACGAGCAAAUAUUACAAAUAGAAGAAGAUUUGGACACUAAGCAUAUUAGUGUGAGCAUGAUUGAUUCGAUACUCAGUGAAGCUGAUCCUAUAAUAAAUAUACGACAAGUUUUAGGAAUUAAAGAAACAGGAAAAGAAAUAACAGAAAUCUCUGGCACAUUAAGUGAAGUGCAAAACGUAAAAGAUGAUACAGUACAAUCUCCUACACAUGUAUUAGAUAAUUUGGAUGUAACGGAAUCAUUUGACACUGCACCUACUAACAUUGAACCGAAUAAUACUAACGAAUCAUUUUUGAAAUCCGAAAACUUCUGGAUCAACAAACACGUAGUCGAUGACGCGGAAAAGUUAGGCGCCGAGCUUAAAUCUUCUGCAAUAACUGAUGACUCUGCGAAUAUAACACAAUCUAUUCCUAGCCCAGAACCCGAACCAGUAGUUGAUGACUUACGUAGCUUUGAGGAAAAUGUUGUUUUGGAUAACUCAUUCUGGCCUGACAAACACGUUUAUCACGACGCUGAAUGUCAAUAUUUCCUUAAAAUGGCUAAUAAACCUAAAGAAUCAUCUCCAGUUAGGACAGAAAUAGAAAACAAAGAUGAAAACGAUAAAGAUAAAGACCCAGGAGGCAGUUCCGGUCAUUCCUCUGAAACAGAAGAACCAAAAGACCCUUGUAGUUCUCCCUUCGAUUCCAACUACAUGUCCAUGGACUUGCCCGGUGGCAUGUGUAGUUGGAAAGACCAUAGUUCCUAUUUAAGCUUAGAAACGCCGACUGACUCGCUGACGGGUCUACCGAGCGAGGCCUCGCCGCGAGUAGGCCCUGACACCCGGGAGGAUAUACUAACCACCACACCUCUAGAACCAGUCACCCCACCCCCACCCCGACAGGAGCCAGCGGCAGAGGAAGCGCCUCCGAGGAGAGCCAAGGAUGACUUGUCUAACGAUAUUGAAAGUCUGCUAGAAGAAGUGAGAAAUGUUCAGACACGUCUCUCAGAUCUGCCCGAUGAAAGCCUACACGCCAUGGAGGAGGGUCUCAGGGAGGGUAUAACAGUUCUAGUCAAGUGUGAGGAAGCGGCCGAGCUUCUGGAGACGAAGAUUAUGGAGUACCGGCAGGAGCAAGAGGUGCAGGUCUUGCUGAAGGACCUCAUCGUGAUGAAGGCUAGAAUCUCCAAACUAUUGGUCCAAGCCCGUCAGGGACUUGACGUCAUCAAGGUAAGAAAGGACGCCAAAGAAGAAAUGGCGCGACAAGCGAUUGAGAUUGAAGCAAAUAAGGAGAAAAUAAUUAAGUUGGAUAAUUGGCUUGAAUCAAUUAAUAACGAGCUAAAAGAAUCUACUAAGCAAUCAGACGUUUUGACUGAAGAGGAUAUAAUUAAGUAUAUUGAAGUUUAUGAGAAAUAUAUCAGAGAAUACGAAGAGUAUGAGAUUAUAUUGAAAUCUAUCACUGUGAUAAGUAACGAUGAAUCUAGUCAGUCUCUGAGAGAUAAGUUGAAUGCGAUGCAGAGAGCGUUAGAAGAAACAAAGAAUCUAGUCAUUGUAGAGAUAGAAAGGUUGAGGCAUGUACUGGUGCAGAUCAGAUCUGCACCAGAAAUUGCCGAAGAUGACAUUUCUCAAACGGAUAGAACAAUUGAUUCUACUUCUAUGCCCGAAGAAGUUGUUAGUCCAAGGGAAAGUGAACUAGUUAAAGAAGAAGUGAAAACGAUUGCUGAAAAAGUUCCAUCGGAAGAGAAGACAAAAGUUGAAUUAAUUGAAGAGAUACCUAAAAUGACAAUAGAAACACAAACAGGAAAAAGUCUUAUGUCAGACGCUCCAUCGGUGGCAGACAAGUCUAUCAUUUGCCAGCCCGAUCCUAUUACAACCCACGAUGUUUCAAUUACUUGUGAACCACCAAAGGAAAUUGAAGUUCAAACAAGUGAGCCCCAAUCUCUCGAAAAAGAAGUCCUUGAAAGUAUUCAAGUCAGACAAAUCAUUUCAGACGGUCAUGAAACUAUAGAAAUCGCCAGUAGGCCAGUUAUGAGAGAGCAAAAGAUGGACGAACAAUCCUUGUUUGUUGAUGCUAAUUACAAAGACAAUAACGAUCUCAAAGACUCUCAACUUAACAUCAUCCAUAGUCUACCUCAAUCAUUCGAAACUGUCAUGGUAGAACCAGAUGAAACAACAACAGAAGUUGUUGUUGACGCUGAUGGCACCAAGAGAAUUAUUGUAAAGAAAAUACGAAAAACAUUGGUAACAAGACAGCAAACCAUUCAAACACGACAACAACAAUCCCAAAUACUCUCUGGCGAAGGUACUCAGGAUAUGUUAUCGCAAGUGAUUUUAACGCAAGACACUGGAUCGACAUCUAGACAAGACGAUGAUGGUGUUCAACACAUCCAAUAUCAAACUCACGAAGGUAAGAUUAUUUCUACUUUACCGGGCGGAGAGGUUACAAUCCAAGAGUACACAUCGAAACCAGAUAUCGUAAUAAAAAUGCAAAAAGACAUGAAACCAGAAGAGAUUCUUCAGCUUGCUGAAGGUGAAAUUCGACCUGACAUACAGACAUCAUCCUCAAGCGUGACUGCUGUUGUGCAGCAGGUUACCAAACGAAUUGUGAAAACCCGCCGCCGUAUUAUACGACGUGUGGUCAUAAUUGAUGGUAAAGAACACGUCACUGAAGAGGUGAUAGAAGAACCUGACAAUGUUGAGAUAUUUGAAGAACAAAUCCCAAGAGUUUCUAUCAAUGUAAGAGAUAUUGGUGGUGUGCAAUUUGAAGAAAUUGACGACUCGCAGGGCAAGGACGAUAAACCGCCUCUAAUGCCACCUGAUUCAAGAACUGACAGAAAAUCGCCAAAAGACGACAAAUCAGAUGAUUCUAAACCAGACGAUGACGAUCAAAAGGAUAUUGGUAAACCCGUCGUAACCCAGUAUGAUGAUGCUCCGUCAGAUGUACAAAACUUGAAGGAUUUUAUGGCAGAAUUCAUCCAGAAAGAAACUGAUCAUUUGAUGGGAACUCAUUUGGCGGAGUCAGAAACUAGUGUCCGCAAAUCUGUAAGUAGAGAAAGCACACCAGUCAUUGUAUCAAUGUCAGAAAGUCAUGAGGGGCCCAUAAUUACGUCCCAGACAUUUACACCAGUGUCUCAAACACCACAAGAAACACAAACAAUGUACAGUGGAAUACACACAGGGCAAUAUAGUACCACAGAAGUAAGAUCAAACACUGCCACUGUGGUACAAAAGAUCACGAGAAAAAUUACCAGAAUUAAGAAACGAAUAAUCAAACAUAUUCAGAUAAUUGACGGCAAAGAACAUGUCACAGAAGAAGUGAUUGAAGAACCUGAAGAUGUUGAAAUAAUUGAAGAAGAACCCAAUGUCAUUCAUAACGUGCAAUCUCAAGGUGUCCGGACUAAACGGAUUAAGAUCAUUCGACAAGUUCAGAUCAUUGAUGGCAAGGAACACGUCACAGAGCAAGUAGUAGAAGAGCCUGAUGACGAAUAUAUUCCGGAAUCAACUAUGACAGCUGAAAUCGAUGUUAAUAUAAGCAAACAGCCUAUUACUACUGAAAAGGUAGAAAUAAAAGAAAUAUCUCCUGCAAUUGUAAGGCCAGAUAACAUCUACAAAUCAGAAACAAGUUUGAAAGAAGGAAUUGUCGAAAUUCCGGAUGAUAUCCAACAGGAGCAUAACAUCGUUUCUGAUACAUCUGGUUUAACGAUUCCAGAAGAAUCUCAUCCAAGCGGAGAAGUUAUCACAACACUGGAGACAUCAACCACUCCACAGGUCUCAUCUCCUAAGGAUAAAGUUUCGGAGUCUAUGUUGGGUGCAGAAUUCGAUAUUAAACCUACAUCUCCCAAAGAUAGUUCACUUAUUGACGCUACCAAAAAUUUGCUUGGAAGUGAAAUUGAUCAUCAUUCUUUAGUGGUAACCCAACAUGAAAAAGUAACAAAACCGCAAGAUGGAUUAACAGCAGAAAUAUCUAAAUUUGAACAACCUGAUCAUCAUUCUUUAGUAGUGACCCAACAUGAAAAAGUAACAAAACCGCAAGAUGGAUUAACAACAGAAAUAUCUGAACUUGAACAACCUAGUUUCGUUGCAAUGUCAGAAUUACGAACAGUUGAAACAUCAGAAAGCAAAGAUUUACAAUCAGCACAUGAUAUUAAAUCAGUUGAAACUCGAGAGACACCUGAUGAUACAAAAUCUAAAAUUGAAAUACUUGAUUUAACAGAAAAAACUGACAAACUUAUAACAAAAUCACUACCUGAUGUUAAAAAUCCUGCCAAAAUAUCAGCAAAACAAGAAGUAAAGGAGCAAGACAAACCUGCAGAAAACGUUGAAACCACAACAGAAAUAUCGGUUGCUAAGGAAUUCACUUUGGAACCACAUUCGAGAAAAUCUUCUGACGUGCAAGAUUUUACAAAAGAAUUUUUAGAAAGAGAAAGUGUGCACAGUACUGGCCUUAGAGUUAGUGAACCAACCCAGAUACCGACAAAAUCGGACAUUGCUUUAUCUCCACGAGAACAAAGUCCAAGUGCACCAGAAAUCGAGAAAAUGACAAAACCUCAAGAGACAGAAUCUGUAGAUACAUUUAUCUCUGAAACAACACAGGUUCAGGAGACACUCGAUAAACAUCCUAGCGAUGUCGCAGAACAUGGAGUGGUUUCAUUAGUUAAAGAACCUGAAGAUGUUAAAAAAGAUGCAGUAAUCUCACCUACGGAAGACAUUCCUACAUCAACCACUUUUGUCCUCACUGAAGAGCAUGCACUGCUGCAAUCGGAUUUAACAUUGCCACAACAGGCUGAAAUAGCUGAUACUACACAAAAAUUGCUUCUGGAAGAAAGUGUAAAGAAAGAACAAUUUGAUGAACCAAAAGAAACAGUGACUAAGGAGGUGACUGUGAUAUCUGAACCACAAAAACCAGAUAAUGAAGAUACAAUUAAAAUACAAGAAGCAGAAAAGCCAAAAAAUAUUGAGGGUUCAACUAAAAUAGAAAUCAAAGAAACCCCAGAAAUUACUACACAAGUAUCGACCAAAGAACCUAUAACUCAAUUGGGAGUAGAAGUGCAACCACUUAAAGUUGGCAGUAUUGUCACCGAGACGGACGUCUCGUCCGUUCCAGCUAUAACAGAAAUUUCGUACAUACAACAAUAUGAGCCACAAAUUCAAAGCUCUACAGAUAGUGUAGAUAAGCUGUUGGCUUCCACACUGCCUCAAUCUCAACCAAACGUCAGUAUAAUGCCAUCAGAUGUAUUAGAAAAAGGUCAACCAGAGCAGCAACCUGAUCGAAAAUAUGACAUCAAUUUGUUACUUGAGUCAGAACGCCAUGAUACACACUUGCGUGGCCACGACUAUAAACCCUCGCGACCAAUUGAUAUUAAAGAAAAUGGCAGUGAGCCAGAAUUGAAGAAAAUUGACCCACAAGAAUCUCAAAAAACCGUUGACAUAUCAACAUCCAUUAUAAAAUCAGACUUUUCAACAACGCUAGAGCCCAAAGUUCAAGUGGACGUAACAUACGAAGGUUUUGAGCUUCAAGAACCAGUUUUAGUGAUAAAAGACAUUGAAGUUAUUCUACCAAGCGAGGUUCAAAUCACCAAAGAAUUUACAGAACCAAAAGUAACAGAUAUACUAGAAAAAGACCAACCUAUAAGUGAAGUUCCUGUUCAAGAACCCUGUAUAUUACCAAGCGAAAUUAGCAUUCCAAAAGACGAUGAGGAUUCCAGUGCAAAACAAAAAAUUGAAGAUGCAAAACCUGUUUUUAAAGCUACGCCUGAAAUAACAACUGUAACUGAAAGAGACAUAGGUACUGAAACCGAAAUCAUUGCAGAAGAACCACAGGAGUCUCAACAAACUGUUGAUAUCAGCACAACUAUCACUAAAACUGACGUUAUAAAAGCAGUACAACCCAAGGUAAAAGUUGAUGUUACGUAUGAAAGUCUUGAAACCACUGAACCUGUUUUGGUUAAAAAGGAUAUUGAAGUUAUACUACCUAGUGAGGUUAAAAUAAGAAAGGAGAUCAAGGCACCAAGUGUGGUAGAAGUUAUUGAAAAAGAACAACCCGUUGUUGAACCUACUCCUGAAGCACCCGUUACAGUUGAAGCUAUAGAGAAAGGUCCAUCAACUGCAGAAUCUCCCCAGGAAUCAAUCAAGGAAUCCAAGAAAAGUAAAAAGAAAAAGAAACACAAGCGUGGCUCAGGCAGUGACUCAACUGAAACUGAAUUACCAACAGAAGCCGAUAAGAGCUUAACAGAAACUGAAAGUUCUUCAUUAAGCCAUUACGUACAAUUACCUUCCUCGCCUAAAGUUCAAUCACCAAAACCUACAAAAGACAUUUUGGAGCCGUCAGUAGAAGAAAUUGUAACAGAAAUCGAUUCACCAUUAGCUGAGUCUGAAACUAUUGUUGAAGAACAAGGAUAUGAAGCAGAAGAUAUGUCUUUAGAACCAGCACCUGUCACCGAUAAGAAGAAAAAACAUAAAAAACGUAAGCAACAACCGAGUGAAGUCACGACGUAUCCAAAACAAAGCACGGCUGAAUCAGAUCAAACAACUAUAACUACACCAAUAGAGCUUGGUGAACCGACUGUUGGGAAAAAGAAGGAUAAAAAACGUAAGAAGAAGCAUUUAUCUGGAUCAGAUUCUGUACCAGAACCUGAAGAGCCCGAAGUUGAACAAAAGCCUGAAACACCAAAGCUCGGCAGUGAGAUAGUAGAAUCUUCUCCACGAGAAGAAUCUUAUCAUACAAUGAGCGAGACAUCUGAUAUCAGUACAGUUAAAAUAGUGGAAGAAUGUAUUCAGAGCAGUCCAGAAACCCUACAAAAAGAAGUGACCACCACUGUUACAUACCCCGUACCUGUAGUAGAAGAAGUUCUUACUCAAGAAUACUCAGUUCAAACAUCGCCGGAACUUUCUGUCGACACAACAGUAGAAGAACCGGUUGAAAUUGCAAAACCUGAAACCACUGACACUGUGUUGCAGACUUCUCCAACGCCAGUGAGUGAAUCUUUGGUACAAACAACACCUAUAGAAGACAAAGAUGUCCAUACACAGACUAUUGAAGAAGUUACAGUGGUUGAAAAGGUGCAAAUGUCCGAUUCAGAAAUGCAAACGAGUCGUGUUGAGAGUCCAGAACCUGUCAUACAAUCUGAAGCUACAACACAGGUUCUCCCUCAUGAUAUCUUUACCCCCGAAGAAAAAUUCUCUCAAACUUCAUCCCCUCUUGAGGAACGUAAAGAAGAAAGCCCUGAAAAGAUUUCAAUUGAAACGGAAUCUAGGGAAAUGCAAACAUCACCAUUACCUCAAAUAGAAAAGGAUGAAAAGAGUACGGAAAUAACUAUUGAAACUACUGAAAUGGAUAUUCAAACAGUGAAACAAGAUAUCACUGAUCAAGAAACAUCUACUACGCCUGUUAAAGAGAAAGAAAUGGCAGAAAUGAGUAUUCAAACUCCAGAAGUUCCUUUAGUCAGUACUUUCACCCAAUGUGAAGAAUUUGAAACCAAAUUAGAACAAACAGUUGAUGAACAAGAACCUAAAGAAGAGAUUAUUACAAUAGACACAAGUCAGCAGACAUCUCCUAGAGUUGAGACAGUUGAAGUGCCUUCGACUAUUGAGCUAGAUAUUGAAAAACCUGAAAUAAUAACUGCAGAAAUUUCACAGCAAACAUCCCCGAGGGUCACUGAAGAUGUCAGUGCACAGCCAUCAUUAGAAAUGGAAGCACCAGAAGUAAUUACUGUAGACAGCACUCAACAAACAUCACCGCGCGAACUGCCUGAAGACUCAGCUCCAAUAGUAACUUCGGAAGAAAAGAAACCCGAUAUCGAUACUGUUGACAACGCCCAACAAACUUCACCUAGGAUUAUUCCUGAUGAAACGCCUGAACCAAAGACAAUAGAAGUGGCUGAAAUUAAGACCAUUACAAUUGACAGCACACAGCAGACUUCUCCGAGGAUUGUUGAAGAAGAUUCAACAUUAGUGCCACCAUUAGAUCUGACUAAACUAACUAUUUCAAGUGUUGACUGCACACAGCAAACGUCACCUAGAGCUGUUCAAGAAGAAUCUAUUUUAGUGCCUACAUUAGAACAUACGAAACUGGACAUUAAAACCGUAGACAACACGCAGCAAACUACACCGAGGGUAGAAGAGGAAGCUGUUAAACCGGCUGAAACAAGAAAAUCUGAGCUACAGCUUGAUCUACAGAGAAGAGAAAUCACUACUGUAGAUACAAUUCAACAAACAUCACCGAGAACAUUCUCUGAAGAUUCCAUCUCUACUUCGACAGAUGAACCGUAUGAAGUUCAUUUACGAGCACAGAUCUCAAUACCACAAGCGACAACUGAUUUAAUUGAAAGUGAGAGGCAGUUCGAUGAAACGCCAAGUCUUAGUGAGAAGCAUAAACAAAAGAAACGAAAACAUAAGAGAAAGGCGGAUUCGACUUAUGUCCACUCACCUGAAAGUCUAUCGGAUCCUAUUAACAGUGAAAUGUCGGUGUCUAUUACACCCACAAGUGAGGACAUAUCCAGCAAAGACACUUCAUCUAUAGAUGAAGGCAUAUCACAUUUGAGCAGCCCUAUACAAACUAUGCCUCAAGACUUUGGCGUUUCUCAACAAAGGCCAACUUACUCUGACGUUGUUCAAAGAUCAAAAUCUAAAUCGCCAUCUCCGAGUAAAACUAUUGUGUCGCAGAAAUCCGAAAAGGCUAGAUUACUGGACGCCCUUGAAAAACGCACACAAUCAGUUACUGAACCACAAAAGACCACCGCCGAUGAAUCAAUGGUGGUGGCAUUGUAUGAACCGUCAGUAGAGAAAUCGUAUGAUCUCAUUGUUAACAAGGAAUUGGACGAGGUUAAGAAUGCAGUUAAUAGCAAUGAUCCACGACGAACUGAAAGGAGUAUUAUUAUAGUGAUUGAAACUAUAUCUAUCUGGUUGGAAGAAAUUCAACUUAAGAUCCAGAAAGAAACGAAUAUUGAAAAUAGGCAAUCUGAAGAAAGUGAGAGACUUCAAGCAUUGAAAAAAUAUGUUAAGAGCUUAAAAGAAAUUAUAGAAGUAACAGAAAUUAAUGAAGAAAUCAUCACUUUAAUUGAAACUUUGACCCUUCAAGUAGACGCUGUUAAUAAACUUAACAGCCAAAGUUCUGUGAAAGUAAAGGAAGUUGAGAAGGACUGGCAAAAGUUUUUGGAUGAAACUGAAAAAUUGAGCCAAUCUGUAGAACGCGUGAAAACCAGUCUUGAUAAGGUUAUCGUAUCAGACGCACCAACACAACAUAAACUUGACUCAUUAGACCAAAUUGAGCUAGAAAAUAUUGAUAAUUCUGACAGGGUUCAAAAGUUAUUCAGAAGAUACCGCUCAUUUGUAGACGUAAAUCUAAAACGAGAAUGUCCACCAAAAUUAUAUGCCUGUGAUGAUGAUACUAAACAAAUUGACAAUACUCUUAAUACUGAAAGAGAUAGGCUAUUGCAACUAACAUCUUUGGCAGAAGAAUACGAACAAACACUACAAGAUUUUGGCCAAAUUACUGAUGUAGCUGAAGCUUUGUUAGAUGGUAAAAUCAUUGUUUCCAACUUAGACCAUUUGCAUGAAGAAAUACAAAAGCAUAGAAAGUUCUUCGUCAAUCUCAGCCACUGUAGGGCUAUUCUUGAAUCCUUAGAAGAUAACUUAGACAGCGAAACAAGAGCAAAGUAUGCGUCGCUCCAUAAUUCACUACAUGAUAGAGCAACUGUUAUCAUCGACCGAGCGGCAAGUAGAGCACAACAAAUGACACUAGCUGCUUCUAGAUGGACAUUACUAGAGCAAGGAAUGAAAGAAGAAAAGCAGUGGCUCGUUGUUGCUCAACAAAGAGUACCCGACCUCACUAAUGUAACAUCCAUGGACCAUGAACAGUAUAUCAACUUAUAUCAGUCAAUUAGUUUGGACGUAUCUCAUCACUAUGCAAAGAUGUUACGUUUGCUGUCCAUAACAGAAGGACUCCAAAAUCUGAUUGUAUGCUCAGGCUUAGAAACCGAAUGUUCAGGAGCAUUAGAUACGUUACUUGCACUUCAAGAUGACGUCGAUUCUAGGCUUACUCGACUAACAGCAUUUAAAGAAAAUUGGUUAACGUAUGACCACCUCAUUGACAGAAUCGAAAGUUGGAUGAAAAUAGCAAACAGAGAAUUAGAAUUCAUUUCUCCGGAAAAUAUUAAUACAACUGGCAAUUUACGUCGUUUCUGGGAGUUGAAAGCUCAACAUGAAGUUCAUAAUAAUUUGAAGAAUGAAUCUGGCACACAAUUUGAAAGAGCAUUAGAAAUUCUUCCAAUUUCUGAUGAAAUGAGCCAGCGACAAUUCUAUUCCAAAAUCGAAGACAGAUGGCGUGACUUAGCAACCAGAAUCGGUGAUCUACACAAUACGGCCAUCCAGAAUAUUUCCGAUCGCGACUUAUCAUCUGGUGAGAAGCUUAACAUUCUCGAGGAUGAACUGAGAGAAUUGCGAUCAUCAUUGGACAGUCUGAAAGGAGUGAUCAAGAGCGAAGACGAAUUGAAUUUGUACAUCGAAAGACUGCAGGUAAUGAACGGACGUGUUGACAGGAUUCUGGAUGAGCUUGGAAGACUGAGUUUGCUGCCGACAGCAGAAUCCGAUCGCGUGGGUGCUCUAAUAACGCAAUCAGGAAUACUGGCGGAUCAGAUAUCUGAAGAGCUUGAGCGCAGCUUGUUGCUGAAGGAGAAGAUUGUGCAAGUGCAGACUGGCAUUAUGCGAUCUCAGAAGAGCCAGCGCCGCACUCGCCAAACACUGGAAGAGUGUGAAGCGGCUGAACGACUGGGCAGCGAUGUCGUCGAGCGCGCCGCUGAAAACUGCGAAAGGCUUCUGGACGAGCUGUCAUCGCAGUGGCGCGAUAUUUUGGCGCUGAGACAAGCUCUGCACACACUACCAACCAGUCUGAGGGUCUGCGUCUCGCCUACUGGCGUGGAGAGAGACAUAUCAGCGUUACAGGAAACCCACGCGGAGCUAGAAGUGGCGGUGAACGAUCUGAACCGCCGACUUCGGGCCAAAGUGCAGCUGUGGCGGCGCUUCGAGCGGCAGCUGGAGCUGGUGCAGGGCGCCGUGCGCGAGGCUGACUACAUGGUGGAGCUGCUAACUGUGCAGGGGCAGGUGGACUACGACCGCCUGCUCAAGGCCACCGAGAAACUCGAGACGCUGAGCGAGUCGCUCACACGGCGCAGCGGCGAGCUGGUGGGCGAGCUGCGUGACGCGGCGGCUCCUCUCGAAGCAUCAACGGAGCCGAGCGUGGCCGCCGCGCUGCGCCGCGAGCUCGACGACGCCGCUGCUGCCUACCACCACACCUGCGCCAACCUCACGCAGCUGUGCGACAAGUACCACAAAGCCGUAGACCUGUGGAAGCGGUACCGUGACGCGGCGGCGGCAGUCAGGGCCUUUGCUGAGUUCCAGGAAGGCCGCCUUCAUGCCCUGCGGCCCGACGACGCUCCCGCUACUGCUGAGGCAUGCAUGGAACAAGAGUCCCGAGUGGCGGAGCUUCGGUCCCUAGCGGCAAGAGUGGCGGCGGAGACAGGCUCCCGCGCCCUGCAGGCCGACGCAGACGCCCUAGCGCGCCGGCUGCAGCUCGUGGCUGGCGCUGUGCAAGCCCUGGCUGACCUGGGCGAAGCCCGACAGCUGGCCAGGGCCAAGGCGCAACAUGCCAAGGACAAGUUCUGCGAUAUGAGACAGGAUCUGGCCCCGCUACACGAAGACGGCGAAAUUGUAGAAGACAAACUUAUCGCUCUGCGAGAAAACCUGAUAGCGCUCGGCAAAAGCGAAGCGGAUAUAGCUCCAGCCAAAGCGGAACUGCCCGACAUUGAUCGCGACGUAUCUGACGAGCACUCUAUAGUUAGAAUACUAGAGUUAUGGCAGGCGAUGUUCAGAGACACGUUCCUGCAUUACCACAGACUAUCCACCGCCCUCGUCAGAUCUGGAGAUGCUGCGACUGCUUUGCGGUUAUGGCACGAAUACCUUCUGGAUCUCCAAUCGUUCCUCUCUGGAUCAGUACCAGCCGACUACGAAAACUUAACGGAACACAGACGUUUAUGUAGGGUUCAUCGAAACCUGCUGACGUCACAACGGUCGGUGCUUAUGAACGAGAACAAAGAAAUGAAAAACAGAGACUUGGCUGAUAAAUUCGAUACAUUAACGAAUCUACAUAACGAGACUUUAGCGAGAAUCGUUGAAAGACACGAUGAGGUUUGCACUCGAAUCGCCGCCUGGGAUGAUUAUCGAGAUAUCAACACCGAACUUCUUCGAUGGCUCAAAGAAAUGGAGAGGGAGAAAGAGAAAUUACAACUUAGAUAUGUACACAUUAAGAGGAUAAAUAAGAUAUUAACCAAAAUACAGAAUCUCUCUGAUAAAGUACCUGAAGGAAGAAAGCAGGCGGAAAAAUUGUUAUCAAAUCUCAAAAAAGUGCUCGAAUUUACAGAGGAAGCAUACGGAGCGUCAGUUAGGAUUGAGUAUGCGGGCGCUGUAAAGAGAGUUGAUAACUUACAAGCUAGUCUUGACACAUGGAGAGAUUUCUUGUCCCGAAUACUUGCCCUCGUGGGAGAGUAUGAAUCUUUGACCAACGAGCUACACAAAACUUACUCAAGGACUCAGGAUGAAGUAAACACUUAUUCUGAUGAAGAACGGCUUUCAAGGCCUCAACUCAAAAAAGCCAUCGAGAAGUACUCGGAUUUGAGGACAAAGAUCGAGAAAACUGAAAGCCAAAUUGAAGCUCUGAGCGUCGUACAAGAGCAACUUAAAGAAUGCCUCAGUCCUCAAGACAUCAGAGUAGUGAACCAGAAAUUAUGGCAAUUAAGGCAGCAACGAGCAGAUUUAGAACAUCAGCUAUCAAUUAUAAUCCACCGACUACAAGAGCGAUUAGAAAUCUACACAAUUUACGAAUCACGACUAACUCGGUUCAGUGAAUGGCUGACAACCCUGGAAUCUCGUCUUGAAACUACUAGUCAAAGCAGUGAAAUCAGCGCGCUUGAUCCACAUGACCUCAUAAGAAGAAUAAAUUCGGAUAUUCAGGCUGAAACUGCAAUGAAAGAACGUGAAUUCGAAUGGCUCUCUGAAACUGGCAAUACACUCACAGAACUAUCUAAAAAGGAUGAAAAGUCCUACAGCAAGAACACCGCCAAACAUCUGAAAGAUGUACAGGAACGUUGGCAUAAAGUACAAGAAACGGGCAGAAGUAGAAUAGCUAAGAUCACAGAAUUGCUCGAAACAAUAUUGCAACUGGAGGAACGAUUAACUGAAAUAAGAACAAAACUUCAUAUCGUUGAGUCCAGAUUGACUGCUACUAUCAUCUUAGAACAUUUGACUACUAAAGCAGUUGAUGAGAAGUUCAAAGACCGCGAUGAUAUUCACAAGAGCAUAGAAAAUAAGAGCGGAGAAGUAGGAGAAACUCUGAACCUCUGCCAACUGGUGUUCAACGACCCGGACGUACUCAAAGGCAACUUCGAUCUCCGAAACCUACAUACCGGAUUCGAUAUAGUCGAAAAGAAAUGGAAGAACAUCUGCGACAUGUCUGAACAGCGCAAAGGCACUCUCAAGGAGAUUCGCAAAUCGGCUGAACUGGCCCACUCCCUACUGCCUAAAGUGGAGAAGAAGCUGGAUUCAAUCGAGAGGCGAGUCGAGAAGAUAGAAACCCGCAAACAACGCGGCGAGCCUGAGGACGAGAGUGUGUCUAAAGCGGUUGUUAAAGAUUUGGAAGCGCUUGAGAGUGACGUCAAGCGGCUGGAAGAUUCUUACAGCCGAGUGGCGUCGGCUAGAGGCGUGGAGCUUCGUGGCGAGGGUGCUGACGAUGCAGCGCGAUUGCGUGCUGCGGUGCGGCGCUGGCAGCAGCUACGUGGCCGCGUGGAUGCCGCUGGCGCUGACGUGCACAGGCAGUUCGUGGCCGCACACGGCAAGGCGGUUGUGGCGUUAGCUGAAGCUGACGUGCGACUGACUCGCGCUCUGCACCUCUCACCAAUGCCAUUGGACAAAGUCGCUACCCUCAAGGAAUUAGAAGGCGUGGAAGAGGAAGUCCGCGAGUGCGAAGACCUAGUAUCAGCGGCCGACCGGCUGUCACUGGGGCUGUCGGCGGCCGGCGUGGCCGACAUGGCGGCGGAGUACCGCGCGCUGCUGGCCGACGUUCGCACGCGGCUUGACGUCGCCCGAGCCGACGUCGUUGGAGACGUGGACACUGCUGUGCAGGUUGAUACCUUGAAAUGGGAGACAGAUGCAGCCCUCCAAGUAGACACCCUAACGUCAAAGGAGACCUACAGAGCUGAACUCAUAGUCGCAGUGAGAGAGACUUCGGAAUCUCUCGAAGCGCUCCGAACGGCUCUCAUCCAGCAGCCAAACGAAAACGCCAGCAGUGAGGACUUGGCAACGGCCGCCAAGGACAUCGCCAAGGCUGGCGCCAAGCCGAGCCAAACGUUGGAGCUGGCGAAGCAUCUGUCGGAACUACUCCUAACAGAGUGCGACGCGACCGAAGACGAAGCUAUGCUAAAAGAAGUCGAGUCGCUCUCUUUGAGAUACGAGGACCUCUUGGCCCAGGCCAAGAAACGGGAACUACAGAUCAACAACUUGAGGUUGCCGCACUCGGCAUCGUACGCGCUCACGUGCGAACACGAGUCUGGGCGACUGACGUGCCCGCUGUGCUCCGAACGCAACUGGAAGCAACUAGACAACGACUUGUGGCGACUGGAGCAGUGGCUGCAGUUCGCUGAGGCCACCGAAGCCGCCAGAACUGAUCCGCCCGAGCAGUACGACUCUUUGGAAGACGCUAUACAGGACCACCGCGAGUUCCUGCUGGACCUCGACUCGCACAAGUCCAUCGUGGUGUCCCUCAACGUGGUGGGUUCCCACGUGGCCGCGCACGCGAGCGACGCGGGCGACGCCGAACGCGUGCGCGCGCGUCUUGCAGCCGCCAACCGCCGUUGGGAUGCCGCGUGCACCCGCGCUGGGCUAUGGCAGAGACGGUUACAACGCGCGCUCGUGCAUAACCAGCAGUUCCAUGAUAUCGUGGUGGAGCUAGUGGCACGCCUAUCAGCGGCGGAACGCGGCGUGCGCGCACGCGAACCACUGCGCCUAUCGCGACCGGUGGACGCACUACAACGCGACUUCCGGCGCUUCAGCGAGCUGCGCGACGAGCUGGCAGCCGCUGAACCACGAGUGCUGGCGCUGCAUGAAGCGGCGCAGCUGCUGAAGGCUGGCGACGCUCCACCGCACUCGGAAGAUAUUUGCCGAAGACUGGCAGAACUCCGUCUCCGUCUGCAAUCCCUCCGCAAACUCUCAGGCGUGUACGCCCUGAAGCUGGGCGCGGCCCUCGCGCGCCACCCCGCGCGUCCCGCCUCCGCGCUCGCCGCCGCCGCCGCCGCCGCCGCGCCGCAGCUCAUGGAGGAGGAGGAGGACCAGAUGUCUGCCAUGCACCUCCCGCCCCUGGACGAGUCCGACGUGGUCGUAAGUGAAGAAACCGAAGACCAAGAGCUGGGCCGGCUGCAGCGCGGGCUGCGGUUCGUGUGUCGCGUGGCCCGCGCCUCGCUACCUUUCCAGGCGCUCCUACUGUUGCUCCUCGGGGCCGCGGCCCUGGCGCCCCACGCGCAUUCAGACUGCCGCGCGCCCGGGCUGGCCCUCGAGCCGGUCCUGCGCUACCCCGAAGGCCCCCCGCCGCUAUGAUCCCGAAACCGAAAUCGAAGUUUUUUAGAAAAAAUCAACCAGUACUGCAACUUGGGUUAGGUUUUAGUUACGAUGCAACCGUUUUAACUUUGAUGAUGACGUGUCAAUUUUAAAACUGAUAAUAUAGUUCCAAAAUACUGAACUGUCCUAUCCAUGACAUUGACAAUGGGGCGCCACCGUCAAUACCGGAUAGCUGGUUCCGAUUUUUGUCAUGUUGGAAACCAUAUAGUUGAACGAUGGUAGCGCCCCCCUGUCAUUGAGUUUGGUGGGACAGUUCAGCGUGGGUCAUCUAUACUAUUAAUGUUUCUAAAAGCUUAUCCGAGACAGUGUGAAAUCGUGACCACACAGUGACAGUAACUAUCGCUACCCCUCUAAGAUGUAGAUAUUGCCGUUGAUGGUAACGAUUUCGAAAUCAAAAAUGCAAAAAAAGACGGGAUUGGCAUUUUCAAUCAAACUCCUAUGUGCCAGUUCUGUAUAAUAUUUUAAUCAGCUGCAAGCUGAUAUUGAAUUUUAGUGCCACAAACACAAGUUAAUUAACAAAAUCGUUGUAUGAGCUCGUGGCCAGUGACUUGAUAAUCGCAUCGAGCAUGCAAAGGCCCUAAGAAUCUUGUCACAUCUGACAGCGAGUUUCACGCCACUGGUCGCGACUUAGUUUGUGGCUAUUUAGAGUCGGUUGUAUGGAAUAAAUGUAUGAAGUAGGCCGAUGUAUGGUCGGCGAGGCGCGUUCGCCGCCGCCUUUCGCGCAAACGCGGCGGCCGAGCGCGCGGUACAUUCCAGUUGGUGUUGCGAAAGUUUCGAUAUACCCUAUCGAUUGUCGACCUCGAACCUGCUAUAAUGUCGAUGAGGAUAUUGAGUUAACCCGACGUGACAUCCGCAAUAUUACCCCAAAAACCAGUUGAUUUUAAAAAUACCAAGUAUGUAACAGUAAUACAGUACCAGUAGGCGCGAAUCACGCCUGAAUAUUUCCAUACAAAUUCUACAGACACGAAGUUUUACACAUUAUAAACAGUGGACUAGUGAUGUCACGUUCCCUUUUGACGUUAUUCCAAUCGAUAUUUCGUGGCGCGACAUCGAUGGUUUAUCGGUGGCAGGUCGCAACACCGAUUCCAGUUGGUGCUAACGUGGCGCCCGCCGCUUGUAUAAUAUAACUUUUUGUAUAUUUGUUACGUCGGUUAGGGAAGUCGUGUAAAAGACAUGUGAAGCAGCGGCGGACGCGACGACGUCACCCGUGAAUAGAGCUACUCCGCAAAACUAUUUCUUAACCGACUCUACUCGUCUCUCUCUCCCAUACUUAUAUUCCAACUUGAGUGAGAGAGACGGGCAGAAUAUACCAGAAAUAGUUUUGCAGAGUAGAAAUCUCAGAUAUUUAUCGAUAUUUAUUAUUUAUACGGAUGUAUUUAACGCCGCACAAACGUACCGACGGCUUUCGAUUCGCAUUCACGCAUUGUUACUUAACUAUUAGAUAGUAAGGAAUGUUUAUAAUAAAGUCAAAUAAAGCCUUUGCAUUGAUUGAAA